GUCCAACAUGGCUUCGCGGGUAGGUCGACGCCGUCUCUGACGUCACUACUCUGCGUCCUGUCUGUAUCACAGUCCGUCUCCUGUCUCCAGACGGAUCGCCUUGUACCGGGAGCCGCUCUUAAAGGGGCCAUGUACCGCGAGGGAACCCCGGUGCCUAGUGGGGGGGUAAGACACAGUACGGGGCAGGGCUUAAAAGACCAAUAGUUCAAGGAAAGCACCCACAAAGACACCUGUCACUUGGGGGUAUAACGGGGGGGAGGGGGCAAGUAAAUAAGAGGGGAGCUAGAAAUCUAUGGGCACCUAACACUACAUUGUGCAUCGGGCAUGCGUGUAAACAACACGUAUCACCCAAAACUAGUGCUUCUUAAACCAUAUGGGUGGGAGAUCAAGAUACUGAGCCUUGCAUAAUUAUAUAUAUAUUACUGAAUUAAUAGAUAUUAAGGACAAACACAUCGAAACAAGGGUGGGCUAGUUAUAAUUAUUAGGAAAUGCAUAUUACUCCAAAUAUUAUUCUGAAUGGUUAUUUGAGCUAUUGUCCAGCAGCUCUGGAUGGUUAUUGUAGGGUGUUUGGACAAUAUAAAGGUGUUAUUUUGUUAGUUUAUUUUUUAUUUUUUGGCAGGGGCUUUUUUGUUGAGUUUGACUUUUCACUAAUGAGAUGGUUGUCGUAUGUAGUGAUAUUUUCUGGCAGAAGAAAAAAGUUUGUGAAAUAUGUAUGAAUAGCAUAUUUGGGGAGAAAGUGGUAAAUAUGGAGUAAUAGGACCUUUUUUUUUAAUAUGGUAAAUUACCACAUAUUCAGUUAUAUUCUCCCUCUCUCCCUCCCUACCUCCCUCCCCUAAAAGAUUUAAAUCUAUGAUCUGUGUAUACUUGAAUCUUGGAAUAACAGGCUAAUAUUGUAAUAUUUAUUUUAAGGUUUUCCUUGGGAUGGUGAUGCACAGAAUAACAUGCACACACAUCACCAUGUAAGUCUUGGGUUGCUUUCAGUUUCCAGAGCAAACCUGUCUUGGACUUGCGUAUAUUAAUAAAAAAAAUAUAUAUAAAUAUAUAUAUAUAUGUAUAUAUGUAUGUCAAACUGCUCCUAAACAGUUUGUUAAACUGCUGCAUGAUACCCAAGGGCUCUGGCCAACAUAUUUACUGUAGCACACCUUAGAAGUUAUGUUGCUGGCUUUUCGAAGAGCAAAACCAAAUGUUUGAUGUCAUGAGUGAGUUUACCCCAGGUGUAUACAUAAAUAUGUACAGUCAUGAGAGAAAAAAGUACUCCCUCUUUGAAUUCUAUGAUUUUGCAUAUUUGGACAUAAUAAUCAUGUUCUUUAGCAGGUCUUAAAAUUAGGUAAAUACAUCCUCAGAGGAAGAAUCACAUGACAUAUUACGCUGUAAAAUCAUAGAUUUCAAAGAGUUUACUUUCUUUAUCACACAACUUUAUAUUGUUUUGUUGCUGCAUUUUGCUCCAAUAUACAAUAUGCAACAUUGUCCUAAGGUUCCUAUAUUAAAUAUCAGAUUGAACGGUAAGCCAGUUCUGAUCUAAGAUAAUUUGGUUGUUUGCAAAAGCCAUGUUUUGUUAUUUUGACUAUAUUUACCUUCAGGUCAGUUGUCUAGUUUGAAGAAAAAAAAAAAAGUCCAAGUUCAAUCAUGAAGUCAAUUCUUUUAAGCUGUUUGUUGUUAAAAUUGGCAAAAUCUCUAUAUACUUUUGCUAAUUUGCCUAUUCAUAAACAACAAAAUUGGAAGCAAAUUAUUUAAAUAUAUUAAAGGGACACUAUCGUCACCAGAACAACUACAGCUUAUUGCAUUUGUUCUGGUGAGUAAAAUCAUUCCCUUCAGGCUUUUUGCUGUAACCAGUGUAUUUUCAGAGAAAUGGAGUGUUCACAUUACAGCCUAGGGAUAACUCCACUGGCCACUCCUUAGAUGGCUGCUAGAGGGGCUUCUUUAAGCAAUCCUGCCAAGUGUGCAUCACAACAUUCAGUGUCUCUACCCUUUGCAUGCAGACACUGAACUUUCCUCAUAGAGAUUCACUGAUUCAAUUCAUCUCUAUGAGGAGAUGCCGAUUGGCCAGGGCUGUGUUUGACUUGUGAUGGCUCUGCCCCUGAUCUACCUCCUUGACAGUCUCAGUCAAUCCUAUGGAUAAGUAUUGUGAUUGGCUCAGACCACCACUUCUGAUGAUGUCAGCAGACAUGGGCAGUUCCCAGGCAAACAUGGGCAGAGCCAGCAGCUUCAGACUUGAAUACAAGUAAGAUUUUACUAUAUUAAGUGGUGGCAAGAGGGAUCCAGGGCGGCUAGAUGGUGGUUUUAACACUAUAGGGUCAGAAAUAUGUUUGUGUACCUGACCCUAUAGUGCUCCUUUAACGAGAAGUGGUUGCCAAUUCUCUUUGUACGGACCAAUGAAUUUCAUACAAAACCUUAAAGGGAGCCUAUAGUACUUUAAUUUAACAUUUGUUUUUUGGGACUGUAGGUUCCCUUUUGCUAAUGGCAAUAACUCCUCUAGUGGCUGUCAUUAGAGGCACUCCCUGGUGUUUUCACAGAGUUUUACUACGUGAUAUGGCGCUGGGCGUCCAUACACUUUACAUGAGGGCAUUCAUGGUCUUAAAAAACAAAAACAAAAAAACAUAAAAGCAUUGAUUCAAUGCUGUCCUAUGGAGAAGCCCUAAUGUGCGUGCAGUGCUCACCACACAUGCUCAUUAGGUCCUCCAUCACCGACGUUUAAGAAGCAUAAUUCUGUGAUCCAGUGCCACGCAGAUGGACACUAACUGUAUUCCUAAUACUAUAGUGUCCGUUUUAGGGAUCGACCGAUUAUCGGUCUGGCCGAUAUUCAGUAUUUUCAGCAAUAUCGGUAUCGGCGAGAUUUACACAGGAUAGCUGAAGAAGCUGCUGGGAAGGUAAGUAAACGCUACCUGCGGGGCCCCUCUGUACUUUCCAUGCCACUGGACCACCAGGGAAUGAUAUAUCCCCCCCUCCCUGGCCAAGUAAUAAGCUGGGAGGGGGGGACUAACAAAUAAAUAAUAAUUACAUAUUUAAAAAAAAAAAAAAAGUUUUAAUAAAAAAUGCCCCAUCAAUUACAUACCUACACAAACACACACACUCCAUUAUAUACACAUAAACAUGUGUAUGUGUAUGUAAUGCAGUGUGUUUAUAUAAUGCACACUACACAAACACUCUGCAUUAAAUAAACACACUACACAAACACACUGUAUAUAUAAUGCAGUGUGUGUGUGUGUUUUAGUGUGUGUAUAUAAUGAAGUGUGUGUGCAGUGUGUUUAUAUAAUGCAUACUACACAAACACACUGCAUUAUAUACACACACUAUGCAAAUAAACACUGCAUUCACUAAAAAACACACUACACAAAUACACACACUUUGCAUUUGGUAUAUACAGCAUUCCCUUUACGCACACACUGCAUUCAUUUUACGCACACUACCCACACACUGCAUUCACUAUACACACUACACAAACACUCUGCAUUCAUUAUAUACACACUACACAAAUACACACUGCAUCCACUACACACAUACUACACAAAUACACACUGCAUCCACUACACAAACACACACAGCUCCCCUAUCUAAACACACUGCAUCCACUACAUAUGGCAUGUAUAUUUUGUGCACUUACCUUUAGAAAUAGUUUGUUUUUUUUCAAAAUGGUAAAUGUACAGAAUAUCGGUAAGUUAUCGGCUAUCAGCCUGAAAGUUCGAUAUGAAGUAGUGUGAAUGACUUUACUGACUCUAUAAGCCCACUGAGAUACCCUUGAACAUUUUCCCAACCUUGCCUCACAAUUGGCGUCAAGCUAUAACUGUUUCAAAAUAAAUUUUAAACUAUUUUGGACCCAUACAUCUCAGUCCACUUUUAGAGAACCCAGUGACCAUCACUGGAAUUUUAUCAACUGAAUUAAUGUGAAUUGAACCAAGUGAAGGGGCCAAAACAAAUUAAGCACUUGGGCACUUUAUGAAUGUCACUUAUUUUUAUUUAUUUUUUCACUUUGAUUGUGGGAUAUAUGUAUGGCUGUGCAUUAUGGAAGCUAUAGUAGACAACGUCUUGGGUGCCGAAAUGUUGCAUUCCCGUGUAUGUGUUCUGAUCUCGCAAAGACAGACAGAUAAUAUAUAUAUAUAUAUAUAUAUAUAUCUCUGUCUCUGUUGUGGAGGAGAAUAGAAGAUCAUUACAUAUGUCGCCAGCGCUCAAUGUGUACUGACGACAGAUGUCAUCUUGGCACAGAAUUGACAUUAGGCAUCUUCCGGGCUGCCUAAGUCAUGUGUGCUGGAAGCUAGUUGCACCACUGGCACGCAAGUUUAGAUAUCUCUGUAUGCAGGGCCGCCAUCAGAAAAUUUGGGGCCCAUGACAAAGCACAAGGUCUGGGCCCCCCCCCCCCUCCUCGCGGGCCCGCCCACGCCCUACCUAGUCCGCCCACAAUGAUGCAGGACUGAAUGUGGUGUGUGUAUAGUGGAAGUGAAUUAGAAUGUGUGUAAUGGAUGUAGUGUUUGUGUGUAUUAGAUACUGUUUGUGCAAUGAAUGCAGAGUGUGUGUUUGUGUAGCGGAUGCAGUGUGUAUAGUGAACGCAGAGUGUUUUUGAGUAGUGGAUGUAGUGUGUGUACAGUGAUGUAGUGUGUGUACAGUGAUGUAGUGUGUGUUUGUGUAGUGGAUGUAGUGUUUGUAUGUACUAGAUGAAAUGUGUUUAGUGGAUGCAGUGGUGUCUGUAGUGUGUGUAUUAGACGCAGUGUCUGUGUAUAGUGAAUGCAGAGUGUUUCAAUUUGUGGUGGAUGUAGUGUGUGUACUGUGAAUACAGGAUGUUUGUGUAGUGGAUGCUGUGUGUACAGUUAAUGCAGAGUGUAUGUUAGUGUAGUGAAUGCAGAGUGUGUGUCAGUAUAGUGAAUCCAGAGUGUGUGCAUAGUUUAGUGAAUGCAGAGUGUGUGUUAGUGUGUAAUGAAUGCAGAGUGUAUGUUAGUGUGUAGUGAAUGCAGAGUGCGUCAGUGUAAUGAAUGUAGUGUGUGUGUUAGUGCAGUGAAUGCAUAGUGUGUGUAAAUUUGUAGUGAAUGCAGAGAGUGUGUUAGUAUGUAGCAGAUGCAGAGUGUGUGUUAGUGUAGUGAAUGCAGUGUUAAUGUGUAGUGAAUGCAGAGAGUGUGUUAGUGUGUAGCAGAGUGUGUGAUGCGGAUGCAGUGUGUGUUAGUGUAGCGGAUGCAGUGUGUGUUGCGUUAGUGUAUGCAGUGUGUGUGUUAGUGUAUGCAGUGUGUGUGUGUUAGUGUAUGCAGUGUGUUGUGUUAGUGUAUGCAGUGUGUGUGUGUGUGUUAGUGUAUGCAGUGUGUGUGUUAAUGUAUGCAGUGUGUGUUGUGUUAGUGUAUGCAGUGUGUGUAUGUGUGUGUCAGUGUAUGCAGUGUGUGUGUUGUGUUAGUGUAUGCAGUGUAUGUGUGUGUGUUAGUGUAUGCAGUGUAUGUGUGUGUUAUUGUAUGCAGUGUGUGUGUUGUGUUAGUGUAUGCAGUGUAUGUGUGUGUUAUUGUAUGCAGUGUAUGUGUGUUAGUGUAUGCAGUGUAUGUGUGUGUUAUUGUAUGCAGUGUGUGUUGUUAGUGUAUGCAGUGUAUGUGUGUGUUAGUGUAUGCAGUGAAUGUGUGUGUGUUAGUGUAUGCAGUGUAUGUGUGUGUUAUUGUAUGCAGUGUGUGUGUUGUGUUAGUGUAUGCAGUGUAUGUGUGUGUUAGUGUAUGCAGUGUGUUGUGUUAGUGUAUGCAGUGUAUGUGUGUGUUAGUGUAUGCAGUGUGUGUGUGUGUUAGUGUAUGCAGUGUGUGUGUUGUGUUAUUGUAUGCAGUGUGUGUGUUGUGUUAGUGUAUGCAGUGUAUGUGUGUGUUAUUGUAUGCAGUGUGUGUGUUGUGUUAGUGUAUGCAGUGUGUGUUGUGUUGGUGUAUGCAGUGUGUGUGUGUGUGUUGUGUUAGUGUAUGUAGUGUGUGUUGUUAGUGUGUGAUCUGGGGUGAGGGGGGGGAAGGGGCAUUUUAACAUUAAUUUUUUAUUAAUUUAAUUAAAUGUUUCUCCCCCCUCCCUGCUUACCUGUGUCCAUGGAGGGGGGAGAUUCCAUCCCUGGUGGUCCGGUGGGGGGCCCCCCGGCUCCCUGUUACCGCAGAGGGGGCCCAGGCAGCACACAGCUUCUCCUCUCUUCUCAUAACUCUCGCGAGACCCGGUUACCAUGGCAACGCUCCGCGGGUCUCGCGAGAGUUAUGAGAAGAGAGAAGACAGGAGGAGAAGCUGUGUGCUGCCUGGCUGGGCCCCCUCUGCGGUAACAGGGAGCGGGGGCCCGCGGCUGCACACAUAGAUAGCGAUAUGCGCUAUCUAUGUGUGCAGAAAGGGAAAGUGGGGCCCAGGACUGCCAGAGCAGUCCGGGCCCCCCAGGGCCGCCGGGCCCGUGACAACAGUCACGGUUGUCACCCCCUGAUGGCGGCCCUGUCUGUAUGUGUUGCAAGCAAAAAUGCUCCACUUACAAACUCCUACCACCAUGACCACUUCUAAAAUCAGAAAGUGGUCAUGGUAGUUGGAGUAACCCUUUAUGCACAAUUUUAAUAUUCCCUAAAUUCUAAACUAUUUGUUUUCAUUGCUGGCUAGUUUUAAACUUAGUGGUUUGACAGUUUACUAUGUUUUUAUUUGCAGAAUGGAAUGGCAACUGUAUUGCUUCUUAUCACUACUUUUAGAUUGCAGGCACAUAGUUAGCAAAUCUAUUUGAAUUAUGAUUAUUUUUUAAAUAGUACGUAACUACUGUGCAUUGAAGAAAUCAAAUUCCUCUAAUGACUUUGUAUUUGGGGUCUUAUAAUGCUGCAGAAUACAUUUGGGGCUAAUCAGACGCCUACCUGAUGGUAUUGCAUUAAGUAUCUGCUUGUAUUUAUCAGUACUGAAGAGACUAUUAAUUCUGUAGCUAUCAAAAAAUGCUAGAGUUGGAGAACUAAGGUGUGGUUUGUGGCUAGAUAAUGGUCAGGCUUGGGUGAUGUGUAUAUAGGGAAGGGGACUGCAGUGGGCAAUUUUGCUUGUUGCUCAACCCUUCUCUCCAGUUUUUUUGCAGGUGGCCUUGUCCAUUCCACCACUCUCACUGAGAGAGCUGCAUGUUGAUAAAAUUCCUGAUCCGGUAAACCUGUCAACCGUCUAUUUUAUGGACAGUAGGCAGCUCAGAUUUUAUUCUAUUGAUUUGGGGGGGGGGUUUGAGCUAGAUGUUAUGUAUCAUAGUCAAAUGUAGCUCAAUAAAGAAUGAGGGAGGAAUGUAAAUUGGAAUUGCUUGGUGUAAGUAUAGUAAGCAUGGGAAGAUCUUCCAUAAGUUGAUCUGGAUGCACCAAGAAAGUUAGUUGUUAGACUUGUAUAUUCUCCCGUAAGAGGUUAAAUAUGGAAUCCUAGAUGGUGCUAACCUUUCUUAAGAUGUCUAUAUUUAGAUAUCUGGCUUCAGAGGUGGACCAAUGGAAGGGCUGCUUGUGUUGAAUGGUUCGAGCAACAACUGAAAAGAGAUUGAGUUUCUCAACUGCAAAUUGGAAGGAUUAAUUUUGAAGUUGUACACUGUCCUCUCACAUUAUGUUUUGAGUUAGAUACUGGGACUCAUAUACUUUGUAUCUAACUAAUUUUGACCUCGAAAAUGAUACAAAACAAGUCCAUAAAAUGUCAUGAAAGUAUAUACAUGCGGUUUCUCACCAUUCCUGAAAAUUCUACUCUUAACAGUAUGACUGGCAAAUCUUCCCUUUAGCAAAUAUGCCGGUAAAGGGAAAAAAAGGAAGCUCCACUAUACAAAUUAAGUGAAAGUCUUACUUUUAUUUCUUAGAAAUAAAAACCAUAAGAUGCGCCUACGCCAAACAGGUACUUGAGACUGUCACAAUAAUUGCUGAAUUGGACAUAAUUUACCUUGGAUUUCAGUCACAAGAAAUAAAAGAUCUUUCACUAAUUUUGUAUAGUAGAGCUCCCUUUUUCUUUUUUCUUUCUAAUUUUUUUUUCUUUAUCUGCAUAUCUGCUCUAGGGAAGAUUUGAUUGUCCGACUGUUGUGAGAGGUACGGUGAGAAACUGCAUGGGUAUACUUUUGUGACAUUUUAUUGCUUUAUAUUGUUGGCUGCAAAGUCUUCAAGUAUCUCACAAUAUAAUCUGAGAAGACUGUUUAUGACAACACAAACAUUUUUACAUUUUAUUUGUUCUACCUUCUACUUUGUUUCCUGCUCUACUUUCUGUAAUCUUGGUAUUCGUUAACAAAUAUCUCACAUCUGUGUCUCAAGCAUUAACGAUUUAUGAAACUCUUCAAAGUACCAUAACCACUACAUGUAUUCCUUGCUCCCCCAUUGUUUUCUUUUUUUUUUUUUCUCCCAAUUUAUAAUCUUUAUGUUUUCAUGUAAUACAACAACAGAGGGAAAAAAAACCAAAAACAAAGCAUAGAAUAAAAUUGGACAAAGAUAUAAUAAGAACACAUUCACAUGUAUAUUAAUUAUACUUCAAGCAAUCAGAUUAUGUAUACCUCUUUUCCUUUUUUUUUUUUUUCUUUUCCAAGAAAGAAAUAAAAAAUAAAAACCACAUAGACCGUGCCAAGAGGCUAUUUACUAGAGAAGUAAGCGAGUAUAGUAAGCUAUGAUUUAUAGGGCCAUGACCACAAAACGUUACUAAUAUAUUAUAUAAUAGGAUCCAAACUCCCUUCUUACACUUAUCUCUCUUCCCGAUCUCUGUAUUCUCUUCUAGAACCAUGAUGAUUAUGCUAUGGAGAUGAUCUUUUUUUUUUUUUUUACUUUUUCUCCCCUUUCUUCCUUGACAUUUAUAAUCUUUACUUCCCUUUUUUUUUUUUUUCCUCCAACAAUUGCACAAGAGAUUUUACAAUUUAACUAAACAAAACAAAAAAAAACACCAAUACAAUUGGAAGAAGGUUCUACAGGAGAAUGUACAUUCUAAGUAGUCAAUUUUAGAAUAAUUUAAUUUACUACUUGUUUGGGGGUGCAACUCCACUUCUGGCAGUGGAGAGACAGAAGCUCCUGUGCAGUGUUGGCUCAAAGUAUAAUCCACUGGCUAGACAAUGCAGGUGCUAUACAGAAAAAAUAUGCAACCUAUAGGUCUACAUGUUCUUAGUCAUGCAUAAUGCAGUGCAGGCUUAGCUCAUUGACUUUGAAUGAUUACAGAUCAGUCUCAUCCAGUGAGCUAAACCCUCCACUAUAUUAAUAGUUGAGGUGGGGAGUGAUGCCUGGAAGACCUAACGAAAGAAGUCAAACUCCAUUUCUCACUUCUUUUUCUUGAUGUCAAACUUUAAACGAUGGACACGUUCUAGGCUUUAUACAUAUCUUGCUAUGAAACAAGAGAUUGACUAAGAAAUAUGGCCGUUCCUGAAAUAUAUUAGCCAGCUAAAAAAGUUAGGAGCCUUUUUUUAUUUAUUUAUUUAUUUAUUUUUUUAAACUAGCAAAGUUUAAUUUAUGAGAAAUAUACAAUUCUUAAAGGGACAUGGUAGUCACCAGAACCACUACAGCCUAAUGUAUUUGUUCUGGUGCCUAUAGUCUGUCCCUGUAGGCUUUUCAAUGUAAACGCUGCCUUUUCAGAAAAAAAGGCAGCGUUUACAUUGCUGCCUAGUAACUCCUCUAGUGACAGUCAUUCAGACGGCCACUAGAGAGUCCACACUCUGCAUAGGAGUGCUGAAUGUUACUUAUAGAGAAGAUGCGCAAAAUCCUCCCAAUGCUUUCCAGUAGGAAAGCAUUGUUUUAGCAGAGAUCUCAAACAUUGAUUAUCUCAGCCAUCAAGACAGGACCAGCCUCGGCAAAACCAGCACAGCGUGGGAAAGAAGGUGAGCAAAAACACUUCUCUCAUAAUCUGAGGGGUGCAGGUACCUAAACACACAGAAAGACACACUCUCUGACUGACACACACACACAAACACACUGACAGAGAUAGACACAUACAUUCGCACACAAAUUUUUAAUUUUAACUCGACCCUACCUUAGGGAGAGCUGAGUGGGUCUUUCCUUGUGGUCCAGUGGGGUUGCUCGCUCAUUCUAUGUGUGAGGGAGCAGUAAUCUACCUGCGGCUUCUCUCUGUUCCCUGUAGUGAUCCUGGGGCCGGAAUGACAUCAUAUUCCGGCCCCAGCUUCACUAUACAGCUCGAGGGAGCAGAAAGACUGCUCCCUCACAUGCUGUCCCAACCUGCUACUUCCAUGCAGCCCAGGGCAGCCGCCUGCACGCUAACUGAGCUGGCAGGCUCCACUUCCCCCAUCUUGCCGCUUAAACUAAUCCCAGACGCCAGGGCAAACUUUCAAGUGGCCAUGGCGACCUGGCGCCUGGGAUUUGUUGAGCCCUGUAGUAACGUCCCUGAAUUUGUAUUUAAUCAAUGGAAAAUUCUGCAUUGAUGGAAUAUUGAGAAGGAAGUAAAUAUAUAUUUUCUGCCUUACUUUUUAUUCUGGGGUGGAUAGUGAACUAGAAAUAAAAUCUAAUGUGCUGAAUGAUCGUUCUGUUUUAAUCCAUAUAUAUAUUUUAAGACCAGCAUUCUGCAAACAGGAUCUGAUAGCUUCACAAACAAAACUAGGGCUUGCAAGAUUUCAUUUUUCUAUCCUUAAAGGAACACUAUAGUCAACUAAAUUACUUUAGCUAAAUAAAGCAGUUUUAGUGUAUAGAUCAUUCCCCUGCAAUUUCACUGCUCAAGUUGUGGUGACAUUCUGUCAUCAAACUAAUAUGGUGACCAGGGGUCAUGUGACCAAGCUCAUGUAUGCCUUUCUUACAGGGGGGUAAGCUUUACCCUUUGAUAUGGUAAUUGGGUAUUUCAAUACCUUUACAAGUCAGGAGAGAGAUAACCACUUCCCCCUAUCUCCAUUCCUCUCUGUUCCUUCUUGGCUGUGCUGCAGAGCAGUUGUGCAGAUGCCAUGUGCUAUCUUGGUGAACCAUGUUACACUCUGUUGCUUCCUUUUCUUCCUUGGUGGAUGUGAUGUUGAACUUGCAGCAGUGAGCCAUUACUAGAUGUGAAGGCCUAACCGUGGGUGAGAUCAAACGUGUGGGAAGGGGAUUACUAUAUAGAUAGAUUUAAAAAGGGUUGUUGCUCCGUGGGUCUGGGCUGUGUGUUUGUGAUACAUUUAUAGUAUUGUGUUGUUGCCUUUUAAUAAAUACCUUUUAAUGUAGACGAACCUUGUGUAAUAUAUAUAUUAAUUUGGUGAUACACCACACAAGUCACUGUCAUUUAGGAGUUAAGUCACUGUUUCUGUUUAUGCAGCCCUAGCCACACCUCCCCUGGCUAUGAUUGACAGAGCCUGCAUGAAAAAAAACUGGUUUCACUUUCAAACAGAUGUCAUUUACCUUAAAUAAUUGUAACUCAAUCUCUAAAUUGAACUUUAAUCACAUACAGGAGGCUCUUGCAGGGUCUAGCAAGCUAUUAGCAUAGCAGGGGAUAAAAUCUUAAUUAAACAGAACUUGCAAUAAAGAAAGCCUAAAUAGGGCUCUCUUUACAGGAAGUGUUUAUGGAAGGCUGUGCAAGUCACAUGCAGGGAGGUGUGACUAGGGUUCAUAAACAAAGGGAUUUAACUCCUAAAUGGCAGAGGAUUGAGCAGUGAGGCGGCAGGGGUAUGUCCUAUACACCAAAACUGCUUAAUUAAGCUAAAGUUGUUCAGGUGUCUAUAGUGUCCCUUUAAGCAUAGGAUUGGAAAACCAAACUUUAAAAGGCCAACUAGUGAUUUCAGCAUAAUGAGUAACUGAUAAAAAGUUAAAAUGAAACGUGUGCUGCAGGUUUGAGUCUGUUGCUUUCACUUAAAUGUUUUGUUGUAUUUCCCCGUCAUUUACAAAGUAUCCAUAGACCUAGUUAACCAAACUGCCCUUCUAAGGGUUACACUUGGCUGAAACCAGGUUCAAAAGAUUAAAUUAUAAGGUGAGGUCUUACUUUUGUGGUUAGCUGUUCAUCAGUGGCUAAACGAUGAGGUUACCAAAGUGGCAGUUGUUGUGGCAGGGCUCCAAGAUCCAACAUGUCUGAAUACAAUCUAAAUAAAAGAUCAAUGUCUUACCAUGUCCAACUGUUAUCUUGUAUGGUAAUAUAUUUGACAGAGUUUCUUCUGACUAGGCGUAUCUGCCUCUGGCUGGAAAGACCAAUGUUAAACCCUUAUGGAACAAUGUGAUUUUUUUUUUUUUUCAAUUUGCCAAUUUUUUUUUUUCAAAGUUGAAUGGGGGGAUACAGAAUGGAAAAAGGGGAAGGGAAUAGAGUCAAAUAUACAAUACAGUUGCUAUGUUUAGCAUGUAUGAGUUAACAUUCUUUGUGUUCAAAAUCACCGUAUCACUGGUGGGUGGUGGAACAAUGUGAUUUUAAUUUAUUUAUGACAAUUGGGUCAAUUGUGGACCUAAUGCAAAUCUGAAAUGUACUAAUUAUUUAGCAUAAGCACAUCCAGAGGGUCUUGCUGUCAGUAAAAGAGUAGGGAAUUUUGUAUAGUUGUGUGUGAAAGUUUGCUGUUCUUGGUGUAUAAAAAAAACAGAUAGGAAGCAGUCAUGACUGUCAUUUUCUGAAGAUAAAUAUAAAUACCUAAUAUUAUUUUUAUUAUUUACAAGUCGCUGAACUGCAAAAUUUAGUCAAAAAAAAAGCCCAGUUCUAAAAAAAUAAAAUAAAACAAUUCAAUUUUGCUAUAGCCACAACUUUGUUUUAGUAUUGCCACAGUUCUCUAGAACCCAGCAUGCAGAACUUAAAUGAGAAGUACUGAAAUAAGAGGGAUAGAUCGUAUUAAAGGACCUUAAAGUGUCGGGACCUAACACAAAACAGAGAAAUUGUAGACAAGCCAAAGUUUGGGGACAACGGAAUGGUCAAGAUACAAUAACUCGAAAUCCAUGUACUCUGAUCACCACUAAGGGAAAUCCAUGACUGGGUGCAGUACACAGAGUGAAACAAGCUAAUAUAGCCAAAUGAGGGGAGGCCUGUGAUAAGUCAGCAUCAUUCAUGAGAUGCCAAAUUGUGGCUGCGCGUUGUCGUUUAUAACACAAUCAUAUUCGCAACAAUAAUAAUGGUCAAGGGUCUGGAGCAUUAUAAUGGCUUGGAAGCACAGCAACCGAAAUAACAUAAUAGCAAGAAACUGGAGAAAUGUCUUAUCAGAUCUGCACAGUAACAGUAAUGCACCGUACAGACACUAUGACAAAUGUUUCAUUACAGUUUUCAGUUCAUCACAGUUUCGCACAUUGGGAAGUUUUUUUGACAAAACACAGAUUUUGAUCUGGGUUGUAGCAGAUUCAGUCAGGUCAGAAUUUUUUUCUUCUUUUUUUUUCCUCCAAUAUUUUUUCAGCCUGCAUCUCACUCAAUUGAUCACAUUGGACUUUUAGAUGGGGGGCAUAUUGAUCUGUCAACCUUUUUGUGCUGGUCAGGAGGCUGCAGAACAAUUGAGGGAGUAGGUGCUAUGCUAGUUCUUCAACAGAUUUAAAAAGGGAAUAAUACAUUACAAACAAUGCAAGUCGGAUUAAGAGCUCAUAUUAUGACUCCUAAAGGUGGAUAGUUAUGGGUACCACUUAGAUGACUUACAAUAUUGAACUGCAACGACAAGAAAAUGACCAAAUAUAUACAUUUGUCAAAAGAGAAAUGUGAUGGACUAAUAAUGAAAUUUAUCAUUGCUUGCUUCUUAUAGUUUGCCUUUAAAUUAUACCUUAUGUUACCAGAGCUUGGUAACCAGGUUUAGGGUUCCCUGCUCACUGUCUCUAAGCCUGGUUUUUCCAGUUGUGUUCAUGAACGCUAGGCUUUCUGUGCCUGAAUGUUUCCUAUUAUGUAAUGGUUUCAAGUAUCCACUGCGGAUGCUGAGCUGGGUUAUCCCUGCCCAUCAUGGUUUCACUUCCUUACCUCCUCAGAACAAAUGCCAUGUUAUACACGUUCCAAGUGACGUGUGGAAGUUGUCUUUAUAGCUUGCUAGGGAAGAAUCUAUGUUGCAUACAUAUACAGCUGUAAGUCACUAAAUUCUGGAAAGAACAUAAAUAAAAUAAUGGUUUUAUGGACUACGUGUAGUGUUGCCAUUAAGAACAAUCUCUGCUACUUUCUGAUUCGGGGCAGUUUAUUUAUUUUCUGUCUAACAUUUUCCAUGACCAGGGCUAUUUUAUACCUUUAAAGAAAAAAAUGCUCCUUCCGGCAUUUUAGCAGACCUAAAUAAGUAACUAAAAUUUAGCAAUGGGUUUGCUAAUCUGUUUUAAUAAUAUUCUUUAUUUUUUAUUGACAUUCUUUACCAGGCACACCAGAUAAAUUAAAGAAUUGCUAGUUGUGCUUGCUUCAGCAGCACAUAUACUAAAAUUGGAACGAUACUGAGAAGAUUAGCAUGGCCCUGGAAAAAUAAGUCAAUAAAUAAGAAUUGCUAGAGAAGCUGUCACGUUAUGUUCUUGAACUGAUUUUCUCUCUAGACGCAGAAGUACAUAAAUAAGUCAUCUGUGACAAAUAGGUGCAUGUUAAAGGAGCACUAUAGUGCCAGGAAAACAAACUUGUUUUCCUGGCACUAUAGGGUCAUUAGGUUCCACCCCCCCUCCCGUUGGUCUGAAGGGAUUAAAACCUCUUGCCUUUCUCCAGCGCCAGGCUCCCUCGCCGGGCAUUCAAACAGCCCAUAUGAAAGCAUUACUCAAUGCUUUCCUAUGGACGUCCAGCGUAUUCUCACUGUGAUUUUCACAGUGAGAAUCUCGGAAGCGCCUCUAGAGGCUGGAUUAACCCUCAGUGAAACCUAGCCGUUUCUCUGAAACUGCUAUAAUUUCAGCUGCAGGAUUAGAGGGACCUGGCACCCAGACCACUUCAUUGAGCUGAAGUGGUCUGGGUGCCUAUAGUGGUCCUUUAACAAAAUAUGAAAAGCCGCUACCACAUUUGUGUAAGUUUCUCCCCAACUAUACACACUAUCAUUUACAAAAUGUACACACGACUGCAAAAUGAAGUGAACACCAGUGAGCUAAGUGGAGCACUAUAAUAAAAUACAUUUAUGCCUAUAAAGAGUAAGGGUAACUAGUGUAUAGUGAUAAAGAAGCAAAAAUAAAAUAUGGUGUAGUAAAUUGAUAUAUAUGGUGCAAUGUGACUAAAUUAGCUGCACUCACACAGAACAGAGCCAUACUGGAAAGGGUCAAAUUGCACAGGUGGAUGUGUACUGCGGUGACACUGUCCCACUUCUAUCUUCCAACUAUAACAGCUCAAAGGAAGAGUAAAAACAAUGCAGAAAUAUCUAGUGCAUUAAGUUUGAUGCUAAAAUCACUGGACCAAGAGACCGAAAACUGCUCACCUUUAAAAGAGCUCUUCGUAACUUCGCUCUAGGUAAUAGCACUUAUGUGCUAAUAAAGGGAACACAAACCAUUCAUGAUUGUUACCCAGCUGGUGUAGGAUGCCACAAAUGGUAGAUUGCACAAUCAAAUUUGCUAAAAUAUAGUGUAAAAACAAAUCAAUUAGAAUCAAUUUCGGAGAUCCCACAGAUGCGUUUAGUCAACUUGCAAUCAGAUAUACCAGCUUCCACUAAAAGUCUUUUUAAAACAUUCAAUAAUCGUGAUUUGGAUACGUCUCCUGUAAGUUCUCCAAUCGCUGCUUGUGUGGGAAAAGUCCUGAUAACUACAUACCAUAAAGAUGAAGUCUAUCGGAAACUGGAAGUGACAUGUCCGAUAGAGAGCUAUGUCACUUCUGAAGACCGAACAUAACGUAUUAAUAAAUAAUAAUCUCCAUUAAUUGUAUAUGUGUAUUUUAUUAAACGGGUAUAUAUCUAGCACUUAUUCUUAGUAUUUAAAAGUGUAAAUAUUUGAAUGGUUAAACCAUCAAAUAGGAUGAUUCGUUGUUGUGGAUUAAGGAGAGAGCGCAGGUAACUUUUUUCUUUUCUUUGAUUCGUUGUUGUGACAGAAUAGUUGAAUAAUAAAAUGUGAAACAAAGGGGCAGAUGUAUAAGAUCAGGUAUAGUUAAUAAAAUGGUUACAAUAUAGGAAUAUAAUAUAUAACAAAAUAACACCCCAAACAAGUGAAAAAUAUAAGCGGUAAUAGUAAAUAAAAUAGUUAAACUGGAAAUGAUGUAUCAGAUUGCUAUGCAGACUUCCUUCCUAUUGUAUACAUGUUACUGUAAUUACCGAUCUAAAAAAAAAAAAAUCCAUAAAAAUAAAUGAGAACAUACUGUGUAAAGUACACUGUGUAUAAUGUAUAGCAUUUAGUAAAAAAAAUUAAGAUGUAUACAGUAUUUACUCAAAUCUAAUGCUUUUUUGGAAAAUAAAGUUUCCAAAAUCUGAAUGCACAUUAGAUUCGAUGGUGCAUUACAUUCAGGGCAAAAUUUAAAAUUUUCUGGCGAAUUCACACAGGCAAAUUAUGUUCAUGAAAGAGGGUUUAAGAAAGAAUAGACUUGAUAUGUAACACUAAAAUUGAAAUACCAUAAAUGUUACUAUGGUAUAUGGCAAUAAACAUUUUUAUUGUAGCACAAUGUUGUAUAGUAGUAUCUUCUUAUAUAAAAGCGCAUUACAUUCGCCAGCAAAAACAUUUUUCAGCUUCCGGGUUUAAAAAAUUGUGGUGUACAUUAAAAUUAUAGGCACAUUAGAUUUGAGUAAAUAUGGUAUAUACAUUGAAAAAAUUGACAACCUAUAUUGACCAAUAUUAAAAUGUACCAAUUAUAAACCAACAUGUGCAGAGAACUAAAGUUGAAGGGAAACAAAAAAUAUGUAACCAACUUUAGUUUAAAAAAACAAAUAUUCAAAAAGCUAAAUUAGAUUAAUGUAAUUUUUUUGAAAGUCUAUAAAAGGACUUAGGGAAUGGCAAAGUUCGAAAUUAUUAUGCAAUCCAUAAGGUUCUAAGGUAUUUACAUGGAAAAUCCACGUAAUGUCUGUCUCAUUUUCUUUAUUAUAUCCUCAACCCUUUCAAUUUAUUUGAACUUUUUUGUUGCCUAAAAACUGAAUAUUACUUGGGUACUUGUUAAAUUUAAAUUCAUAGUGUAAAGACAAGCUGUGUUUCUCAAAACCAGUAAUUACUUGUCUAAAAAUUGCAUUAUUGUUUUGAGGAUGUACGAACUUUCCUAUUAUUCUUUUCCUGCUCUGAGUGUUUUAACAUGCUAUACAGGAGCCACAACCAUAAUAAAAAUCUUUUUAAAAUAUUCCUUUUUACUCCUUUUCCCUGGUGAUCUUUAAGGUAGUUUUCUUUCUUUGUAUUUCUCUUUUAUGGGAGUGUCCCAAAAAUCCUCAACUCUUACUUAGUGGUUUAAAUAAUUUAAAUAAUUAAAGGGACACUACAGUCACCAAAACAACUUUAGCUUAAAGAAGACAUUUUGGUGUAUAGAUCAUGCGCCUGCAGUCUGACUGCUCAAUUCUCUGAUAUUUAGAAGUUAAACCACUUUGUUUAUGCAACCCUAGGCACACCUACCUUGCUAUGUCUUGCACAGCCUUCCUAAACACUUCCUGUAAAGGGUCAUCUAAUGUUUGCACUUCCUUUACUGCAAAUUCUGUUUAUUUUAGAAACAUAGAAAUUAUUUUGGAAGUUAUUUUAUCCUGCUCUGUUAAUAGUUUGCUAGACCCUGCAGGAGCCUCCUAUAUGUAAUUAAAGUUCAAUUUACAGAGCAGGAGGUAAAAACCUUUAAAGGAAGUUACAUCUAAAUGAACAUGAAACCAUUUUGUUUUGAUGCUGGCUGUGUCCAUCAAAGCCAAGGAACGUGUGACUAGGGCUGCAUAAACAGAAACAUAGCUGAUUUAACUCAAAUGGCAGUGAAUUUAGAAAUUAUUAUGCAAUCCAUAAGGUUCUAAGGUAUUUACAUGGAAAAUCCACGUAAUGUCUGUCUCAUUUUCUUUAUUAUAUCCUCAACCCUUUCAAUUUAUUUGAACUUUUUUGUUGCCUAAAAACUGAAUAUUACUUGGGUACUUGUUAAAUUUAAAUUCAUAGUGUAAAGACAAGCUGUGUUUCUCAAAACCAGUAAUUACUUGUCUAAAAAUUGCAUUAUUGUUUUGAGGAUGUACGAACUUUCCUAUUAUUCUUUUCCUGCUCUGAGUGUUUUAACAUGCUAUACAGGAGCCACAACCAUAAUAAAAAUCUUUUUAAAAUAUUCCUUUUUACUCCUUUUCCCUGGUGAUCUUUAAGGUAGUUUUCUUUCUUUGUAUUUCUCUUUUAUGGGAGUGUCCCAAAAAUCCUCAACUCUUACUUAGUGGUUUAAAUAAUUAAAGGGACACUACAGUCACCAAAACAACUUUAGCUUAAAGAAGACAUUUUGGUGUAUAGAUCAUGCGCCUGCAGUCUGACUGCUCAAUUCUCUGAUAUUUAGAAGUUAAACCACUUUGUUUAUGCAACCCUAGGCACACCUACCUUGCUAUGUCUUGCACAGCCUUCCUAAACACUUCCUGUAAAGGGUCAUCUAAUGUUUGCACUUCCUUUACUGCAAAUUCUGUUUAUUUUAGAAACAUAGAAAUUAUUUUGGAAGUUAUUUUAUCCUGCUCUGUUAAUAGUUUGCUAGACCCUGCAGGAGCCUCCUAUAUGUAAUUAAAGUUCAAUUUACAGAGCAGGAGGUAAAAACCUUUAAAGGAAGUUACAUCUAAAUGAACAUGAAACCAUUUUGUUUUGAUGCUGGCUGUGUCCAUCAAAGCCAAGGAACGUGUGACUAGGGCUGCAUAAACAGAAACAUAGCUGAUUUAACUCAAAUGGCAGUGAAUUUAGCAGUGACACUUCAGAAGCAUUUAUACACAAAACUGCUUGCUUUAUUAAGCAAAAGUUGUUUUUGGUGACUAUACUGUCCUUUUAAAUUUGUUGAAUGAAUAUAUAUAUAUAUAUAUUUCUUUAUAUGGUUUUUCCUGUUUAGGUGACCAUGUCCACUGUUUAUCCAUUGGGGAAUACUCUUUUUCUCAUUACUACCCUUUCAGGAGUCCUAUAUCUACUCUUGGGAUAUAGAGUUUUUUUUUUUGUUUUUGUUUUUUUUGUUCGCAUGCCAAUUUUUUUUUAGGUGGUUCAAAAAGUAAUUUUUUAUUUUUAUUUUAAAGGGUGUUUUUGUAUCUUUGUUAGUUCUCCUAGCAUAAUGGAUCUUUGGUCUUGCAUGAUUUUUACUGUUCGUAUAGUUCCCCUUCUGUGUGUUAAUACGAGGCCCUUCCUUGAACAUAGCUUCACUUGAUUUUUUUUUUUUUUUUUGCAUAGUCAUUUUAGUCACAAAGAAACUUACUUUCUUUGGAUUUCAAUCACAUUUUUCUAAAUGUAUUUGUAUAUCUUUCUUUAUGCAUGUAUAAUUCUCAGGAAACUUAUUGGCCACCAAAAAAUGUAUCCAAUCACGUGGAAUGAAGCGGUUUAAUGGAAGGUGAUAUACAACUUUAAUUGAUUCUUAUUUUUGUUUUUACUCUAUAUUUUAGCAAAUUAGAUUUUUUUACUCUACCAUUUGGUCCUGUGGCAUCCUACAUCACAGCUGGGUCAGGGUUUGUGCCCCCACCCCUUAUCUGCACAUAAGGGCUUUUAUCCAGUGCCAGGUUUCUAAGGACUUUAUUAAAAGUUAGCAGUCAUCUUUGCCAUGGUCCAGUGAUUUUAGCAUCAAACUUAAUGCACUAGAUAUUUCUGCAUUGUUUUUAACUCUUCCUUUGAGCUGUUUUAGUUGGAAGACAGAAGAUGGAUAGUGUCACCAUAGCACACAUCUACCUGAGUGAUCUGAGCCUAUCCCCAUAAGCCUCUGUUCUGUGUGAGUGCAGCUACCUUAUUUAGUGCACCAUAUAUAUUAUUUACUACACUUUAUUUUUGUUUCUAUAUCACUAAACACUAGAUACCUUUACUGUUAAUAGGCAUAAGUGUAUUUUUUUUAAUAUAUCGCUCCACUUAUUUCACUGAUGCUAGCUUUCCUUUGCCACACAGUUGUUUGUACCUUUUUAGAUGCAUAAGUACACCUGAGGCACCGUGUGACCAUGAAUUCUUCAACGAAGUUAAAUUGCAGUGGAGGUCAACAAGUCUUUUCCUUGCCUACAGUACUUUAUAUACCGCUGUAAACAAUGUGAUGAUAAUUACUAGGGUGAGGGAACGAGGAACUAUUGGUACUGCUUUUAGUGCAAGAGCAUUUUCCUUUCCAUUUUUUUCUAUGAUUUGUUGUAUCAACUCUUAUUCUAGAUAUAAUUUUUUAAUUUUAAUUUAUUUGGUUUUUGACACACAGAGCUUUCGUUUUAUUAUUUUGCAUCAUCUGUUAAAGCUUGUAUGACCAUUCUGACAAAACAUGUUUAACUCUGUUCCUGUAUGUCAAACGUGUUUUGACAGGAUUGUUUAAUGGUUAAAUAUCGCAGAACGCUGCAGAAUAAGUUUGCGCUAUAUAAGUAGUAGAAGUAUAUUUUAGUGUAAAUUUUUGUCUGUUUGACAGUAACCUAAGGCACAGGUCACAGAGCAGAUUCAUAGUACCAUAAUCAUUACAAUAAACUCAAAAUCGGUUACUCUCUUCUGUACAGUUUCUGGAUUUGGAAUAUGAGUUUGAAUUAUAGGUGUAGUCAGAUUGCUGUUUUAUUCCAAAGGUUUGAUUUUAUUUAUUUUAUUUUUUUUUGGUCUUCGGUCUAUCUUCAAAAUUUAUAAGAAAGUUUUAUAUAAAAGCCAUUUGUAUUAAAUAAUUACUCCUCUUUUAAAACAUUUGUGAACCUAAUUUACUUCUAAUGGUGCAGUUCCCAAAAAUCUUAAAAACAGAGUCUAAUUUUUGAAUUUAUAUUCCUGCUUUUUUUUUUUUCUUCACCUGUCCAUUAACUGUAUUUUUUUGCAUUUUAGGUGUGAGACUGUCCCUUCCUAUGGAACCAGAUGAGAUUCCGUGUGGCGUCAUUGGACGGUGAGGUCAAGGGUAUACGGGAAUGGGUUCAAAAUACUUUUUUUUUUUUUUCUAAUGUGCAUUGUUUUAAGGCCUGUUACUAGAUUCGAUGUUGAUUUCAUUAAAGGGAUACUCUAGUGCUAGGAAUACAAAGCUGAAUUUCUAGCACUAUAACUCCUUAGCGGCCCCUCCGCUGUGAAUGGGUUAAUAAACCCUUACUGUACCCAAUUCUAUCGCUGAUGUCCCGAGGCACUUAACUCCCUCAGAUGUCACCUGAUGGGGGGGCGCUAGUGCACAAACACCAGUGCUCAAGAAAUGGCCGGUCGCCACGGCAACUAGAGAUUUCGCCCUGGUGCCUAGGAUUUGGCAGCUCUUUAGUUAAGGUGGCCGCCAAGGGAGCAUGGAGGCAGUGCCAGAGGAGCAGUACUAUUGCCGGAAGCGUAGAGAGAGAGAGAUAUAACCGUAUACAAUUAGAUCCGGGAGCAAUACAAAACCAUUGUCUGGAAAUCUGGUCACAAAUAGGACUAUACAUAGGACAAAAGGUCACUCAUUUAGACUGGGAGAAAUGAGAUUUGGUCAAAGAUAGAGGAAAGGGUUAUUUACAGUAAGAACAGUGAAGAUGUGUAAUUCUUGCUUGAAUAGGUGGUAUUAUCAGUGUCAGAUUUAUUUAUUUAAAUUUUUUUAAAUUGUACUUUGAGUUUUACAUGCAAUAAGAUAGUUCAGAUGACAUAUGCUAUAAAAUAUUUGCAAUCUUGAAGGGGGCGGGGCCAACCAAGCUACUGAAUGGCCGCGAUCUGAAAUAGCUCCGACCACGCCAGACACAAUCCGACCUAAUCGGGCAACACAGAACAGAGAUGGGUCACCCUAAACGAGCCACAUCAUCCCAACAAGCCCCCAGUAAAACCCCGUCGGGGAAAUCAGGUGCGCUUACCAAAUACUUCCGCGACCGGGCGGAUAGUAACACCGGCCUGUUAGGCCCCAACAUGGCGGCUGACUCCCCAUCUCUCUGCAUGUCCCCCUCCAGCCCGGCGGACUCAUACAAUUCGGGCCCUCCAACAGAAGGAGACCUGAAGGAGAUCCUGAGGAACUUACCCUCCAAGCAGGACAUUGCAGGUAUGCUAACCCGGCUGGAAGCCUCAGUCCAGGCCAAGAUGGACUCCUUUAGUUCAGAAGUCCGCCAGGUCUCUGACCGGGUGGUCAUCCUAGAAGACGAUAGGGACGCUAUACAAACACAAUUAAGCUCCCUACAGGCAACGGUAGAACAUCAAAAUGCUUACCUAUCCACGCUCCAUAGGUCUAUAGAUGAUCUAGACAACAGGGGGCGCCGCAAUAACCUGCGGAUCCGGGGUCUCCCAGAAUAUGAGCAGGAAGAUAUUUAUGCAACCCUAAACGAACUCUUCAACCUUAUACUGGGAAAACCAGGAGACAACCAUAUUCUCCUAGACAGAGCACACAGGGCACUGAAACCCAGAGGUGUAGCGACAGACAAACCCAGAGAUGUCAUCUGCAGACUCCACUAUCACACCUGCAGAGAAGACAUACUAAACACGCUGAAACAAAAUUCACAACCCCUCCUGUUCUAUGAAGCUCCAAUCACAAUCUAUCCAGAUCUCUCCUGGCUGACACUUCAAGCGAGAAGGAUCCUGCGACCUAUUACAGAUCAACUGAGAUCCCGAAAUAUAAGAUAGAGGUGGGGAUAUCCACUUGCGCUGAGCGUCACACACAAAGGCGCCCAGCACACCAUCCACUCCCAUGCAGACAUUCCACUCUUUAUACAAACUCUCAACUUAACAGAUCCGCACAUCCAAGACUGGUAUGGACCACUGCAAACGCCACUACUCCCUCAGAGACCCAGAUGGCAACAAGCACCCAAGAAAAAGAAAAUGGACAACCGAGACCCGAUGCAACAUUGAAUGGAUUUUGGCCCGGCGCACGCGGCAUGAACUGCUGUCGGCCCAGGUCCUGGGGCCCGCAGCCUCUACUUUUAUUGAAACCUCAAAGACACCUACUACUGGCCGAAACCUGCUCCAGACGACCACAAAAACCUGCUAAAACAGACACUGUCAUUACGCUGCUGUACUCUAGAGGACCACUUUUCCUCCCAAUCUCCGGCGCACCUUCUGCGAUCCAGGUGACUGUAUCAACCGUCCGCUGCUUGCAUACCGCAAUAAAGCGCUCACUACAGCAGGGAGCAAUAAAUCCUCACCUUCACCUACUAUCCCCUAUUAGACUUACCCAGCCUAAUAUCUCCCGCUAUCAAACUUUUUGUAAAUAACAUCGAAUCAGGUAACCUCAUAUAACGGCUCGCAGCGCUAACUACCUCCAAUGAGGACAUGGUUACAGGCCAGACAGCAAGGUUUUUAUAGCACUAAUCAACCCCCCACCUUGUGGACCCAGUGGCCAGGCCAGUAGCGGACAGCCGUGGCACAGCUAAGGAGUCCCACCUAUAGGCCCACUAAACAGAUUAAGAACAACCGUCAACUAAAAUAAAAAAAAAAAAGACAUAGACAAUGGCACAGUUUAAUAUGUUUAAAUCCUAUCAUCGCUAAAUAUGACUGAAUGUUUGUUGUGUUGUAAAUUAUGAUUGACUGUAGACCAAUACUACUUCUGCUCCACCAUGGGAGCUUUUGGUUGACGUCAGCUACCUAAGACCACCCCCGCCUUUCUCCCCCACUGUUUAAUUAUUAUCAUAUGCGUACUUGAUAACUCUCAUCGUACUAGGUCGAUACGACCUACACCACGGUGUCACAGACGCACCCAGAUGGCAAAAUCCCACUCUGGGUCCGACACCAGAGGUUCUCCCCUCAAGCUGCUGACAGGCGUCUGGUUAAACCUGCACCUACCUGCAACCUAGGGGGAUAAUUAUAAAUUAAAUUUACUUAUUGAAUAUCUGCUUGUAUAUAAGUUGUUUACUGUAUUUAUAUAUUUUUCCCUUCUCUUUUGUUACUCCCUCAACUCUACAACCAACCCAACCCCCAUCCCUUUCGCCCCACAAUGAACAAGACAGACCCCCCGCAAGGGCCACACACACACCCGGGCCCAAUGGCCACUCUACAGAUAGUCACCCUCAAUGUUAAAGGUCUCAAUACCCCUGAGAAGCGAUCCAUGACCCUCACGGAAAUGCAUAAACUCAGAGCAGAUGUGGUCUUUAUACAAGAGACCCAUUUAAAAAAAGGCAAAGCCCCUACUCUUAAAAACAGGGCAUACCCCACAGGUUUUUUCAGCAACUACAGUGAUACCAAGGCCAGGGGGUGGCUAUACUAUAUUCCGCACACACCCCCUUCACGUACAAAGACCACAAAACGGACGAUGGGGGCAGGCUGAUCCUGGUGAAAGGCCAGAUAGGUCAAACCAUGCUUACCUUUGCUAACACAUACCUGCCCAAUAGACACCAGGGUAAGGCUCUUAAGAAACACCUCCGCAUAAUUGAAUCCUUCAUGGAAGGCAUGUUAAUCUUAGGUGGUGACCUAAACAUGUCCUUAAACUCUGCCCUCGACACGACUUCCUACUCCACACACUACCAGACUGCUACAAGGAAGCAGGUAUCAGCACCUGAUGUCAGUGAGAUGUCUAUCACUGAGAUGUUACAAAGAUUCCAAAACAGCAAAAAGAGGCGUUCUUGAGAAUCCACUUCGAUUGCUGUAUCAACAUAACAUUUACUAUAAUGGGAUCCAUGUCACUUAAGACAAUGUCUUGGAAAUGCUGUCAAUUAAUUUAUUCCGUAAAAGAAUAUCAGAGAGUAUCCAAUCUAUACACAUCACAAAUGGUGUAAAAAUGUUUCAUGGAAAAAACAAAAUAAAAAAAGCAAGACAAAGACAAAUACCAACGCCAUUACCACGGUGAUAACCGAUUAUGCGGAUUCAAUAUCUGCGACCAAUUCUAGCCAAAUAUUUGGAAAGCUGGACUCUACAACCUAUACUCUACAACAAAUACCUGGCUAUGCUACAAACACAACCUCCAGCAAUGUAUCUAAGGAAUGUAAACGUCUACAGGCCUUUAAAGACUUUGGAUUACAAAUACAAUUACUACUUUUUUUUUUUUUUUUUAUUCAAUUUGCUUUUAUUGACAUCAUAACGAUUGGCAAUACAAAGUUAUAUGCAUCAAUACAGAAGGUGGCAAAAAUAGUGUACAUGUCAGUUAUUGUUCAUUUGGUAUAAAGGUAUCUUUAGUAUUGAUGUGAAGAGAGCAAUUUUACAAAGCAAUAGCGAGCAUCUGAUUCCAUUCCUACAUUGCAACAUCUUUCAGCAUUGACAGUUUUCAAGAAGGAACUAGUCUUAGAAAAAUAGAAAGAGAAUAUUUUCGCCAUUCUCACAAGUUUUAGACAUGAGAGCUAUAGAGAACACUCAGAUUCAGUCAUUUUAUGAAUUGGUAUGUUUGUGUUGGGAAGCAGAUAAACUGCGAUAAGGCAGAAACUUUAGUGCUCCUGCUGUGACCUUGUCUAGCCCUGCUUCCUGAGAGCGUCUCUACUGAUCCGUUGGGGUGGGGGGUAGGGAGUGGUUGUCGAGUAGUGGGGCGUUUGGGGGUCGAGGGUCCGUCAGGUAGUUUUUGUCCUGUGUGCGCGUUUGUUGUGGGUGUCCCCUUUGCGCUAGUCGCUGUUCUUUGAUGUGUGUGGGCGGUGGCUGUGUGUGUGUCAUGCGUCGGGGUGUAGUCUUGUUGGGGUGUCCCUUCUGUGUUGGUGUCUUUCUGUGUCUGUUUGGGGAUCCUAUUAGUGUCGGGGGUGUAUUGGUCGAGCGGGUGCUGUCCCGGGUUGUGAGGGUUGGGUGGGUUCUAGUAUCGUGGUGUAGUGUACUUGGGUGUUGGGCGUUUGGACAGUCUUGUUGGGUUGGUUCAUCCCUUGUCCGAUAUGUGUUGGUCAUGGUGGGUCUUUGUGGGUGCUGUGGUGUAUGGUCUGUCCUGUAAGGGAGGUGGCGUUUCUGCGGGUGUAGGGGGCAUUCUCAAGGCAGCCUGUCGGCAGUUGGUCAUGUAUUUUAACGUGUGUUGUGGGGGGCGGGUGGGAUGGGAGUGUAGGUUAAUGGGGUGAGGGCAUUGCGGGUGAGGGUAAGGUGCGGGAGGGUAGGGGAUGGGGUGUCAGGUCCCGGGUCCCCACCUCAACCCCCCCCGCCUCCGGGGCAAGGGGCAUCUCCGGCUCUGAGUGGUCGUCUUGGUUUGGUUGGGUCGGUGGUUCAGCUUCCGUAUUGUCGUCCGUCUGUUCCGUCUGGACCGUCCCAUCUGCCUCUGCUGUCAGGUAUUGUGUGGUCCCCGUAAUUGGUGCGGUGGAGGCGAGCCAUUGGAGCCAGUGGUACCAUGCAUCAUGGUAACGUUGUAUGCGUCCCGUUGCGGAGUGGAUGAGUUCCUCGAUGCGUCUGAUGUCUUCCACUCUCGUUAUCCAUUCUCUGAUAGUCGGGGCCAUGUGUUGUUUCCAGUGUCUCGGGAUGAGGCUGCGGGCUGCGUUUAUUAGGUGUGGGAGUGCUGUUUUUUUAAAUUUGUUGAUUGGGGUCUGUGUAAGUUGGAGCAGGUAUGUGUCUGGUGAGAGUGGUAGGUUUGCUUUUGUUAUGGUUGUGAGUAUCUUGUGGAUCUCUGCCCAAAAGGGCUGGAUAAGGGGGCAGGACCACCAUAUGUGGAAGAGGGAUCCCAGUUCUCUCCCGCAUCUCCAGCAUUCCGGGUCAUUUGUGGGUUUCAUCAUGCUAAGUUUUUCCGGUGUCCUGUACCAGUGGGAGAGCAUUUUAUAUCCUGUUUCUUGGAAUUUGGUGGAGAUGGAGGCUUUAUGUGUGAGUGUAAACACCGUUGUCCAUUGUUCCGUUGAAAUUGAGUGUCCUAGAUCCCUUUCCCAGUAUUUUGUGAAGUAAGGGAGGGGUGCGUUAGUGGUGGUGGUGGUUUGCAUGCGAUAUAGUAGCGAUAUCGCGUGUGGGGGGGGGUUCAUGCAUAUGGUCUCGAAUACAGAGAGUGCUCGCGUUGCCGAAUUUAGGGUUGGUAUGCUUCUCAGAAACCUUGUCAGUUGGUGAUAUCUAAAGCGUAGGAGCAUAUUGUGUGGGGUAUUCGGGACCAGAGUGGUCAGGGGCGUGAUUGUGCCUUGGUCAUAGACGUCCUUCACUCUGCAGGGGGUCGGCAGGCCCAGGGCAGCCGUGUAGUGGGGGUCCGAUGCAGGGGCAAAUUUCGGGUUGUGAGAUAUGGGGCAUAAUGGUGAGAGUUCCGGGGCUACGUCUGUGUGAGUCGCCAGUCUCCUCCAAACUGCCAUUGUAGCGUUUAGGGUUGGGUGGUUCCGUGGCAGUUCCCCGGCCAUAGAUUUCGGUAGCCAGGGUAGAAGUGUCAGGGGUAUCCGUGAGAAGCUGGCCUCUAUGGGGAUCCAUAGCUUGUCUUUCGGGUCUUGUGUCCAUUCUAUCACUCGCUGGAGGUGUAUAGCAUGUCUAUAUUUUGUGAUAUCGGGUAGUCCCAGGCCUCCCUGUAGUUUGGGUCUGGUGAGGGUGGCGAAAUUCAGCCUCGGCGUUUUGCGGGCCCAGACGUAGGCCAUCAGUGUUUUACGGGUUUGUGUUAGGAAGGUUUUGGGAAUGUGGAUUGGUAGGGUUUGUAGGAGAUACAAGAUUCGGGGGAGGAUAUUCAUUUUGAGGACACUGAUCCUACCCAGCCACGUUAUGUGCGGGAGUUGCCAUGAGUCGAGGUCCUUCUGUAUGCGGUCGAGGAGGGGUGGGAAGUUGAUGCGGUAGGUGUCCGACACAUCAGCCGACAAUUACUACUUUUAACUUUGGAUUACAAUUCGUAUCCGGAUCCAUCCAAGAAUAUCUUACUCUGGAACUUGGUGUUCUUUUCAAUUCUUUCCCAGACAAAAGCUUUGCUCAUUUUAAUCAACCACCUUUACAGGCAAAGAUCACACUAUGGAUAUUUUACUGUUACAACAAUGAUCUAAGAUGCUGGGAGCAUAAAAAACCUAAAGACAGUUGGAGAACUUUGGUUUACUAAUUUAAGGAAGAAAUGCGCUACAAUGCCCACAGUUUAAUGGAGAGGGUGUUACGGGCAAAUGCAAAUAUUACAAGUUUUAGUUUGGUCCACUGUUCACUGAUCUCGAAUCUCAGUCUGGUAUUCAAACAGUUUUUCUUACGAUACGUUGUGAGUUUAUAUCCACAACUGCAUUUUGCUUUGUGGAAACAAAUUGAAAGCCUGGCAUUGUAAUACGUGUAUGGACAUGCUUAUAACAAAGCAUGGGCCCUCUCCUCAUGUAGUUGGUCUGUAACAGGCACUUUGAUGCAAUGUGUCUACCAACGCUUUUCUGUGGUCACUGGAUCACAAAAGCAUACCCUUUCUCUCAGUCAUGAUGCAGAGUUUAUGCUUGCAAGGAUAUCCAGACCUUAUCCACCUGGUAUCCGCAUAAAUACUCCUAUCGUUUAGAGGGGUUAAUUACAUAAUAACCAUUGAAGGUAAUAUGUUGGUUGUUCUUCCUAUAGAGGAAAGAUAAACUUGCCCUAAAAGCUUUUUCAUGGCUAGGACAAGCUCUUAUAGAGAGAGGUAAUGUACUUCUGACUCCUGAAAAGGAAUAUUGGUGGUCCAAUAUGGGAAAUACUGUAAUUCAUGUGUUUAGUAAUCAUAAGCAUUUGCUUAUUGCCACAUUACUGAUGUACUGUUUAUUGAAAUAUUAAUAUCUAACAUACUUUUUGAAUUACUAUAUAUUGGAAGUUUGCCAACAUCUCAUGGUUAUAAAUAUGUUUUUGUAUGUGUUGAUGCAUGUACCAGGUUUACUUGGAUAUAUCCUGUGCGAAGUGCAACCUCUGAUGCCACGUUUUCUAGUCUCACUUCCUUAGUAUGCAUUUGAUAAUCCCAGGACCAUCCAUUUGGAUGGUGGUCCUGCAGUUACUGCAAAGGAAACCUUGUAAUAGGAAACCUGCAGUAAAACUUGUAAUAUUUGCAUUUGCCCGUAACAACACCUUCUCGAUCAGGCUAGGCUACAUGACUGCUGGAGAACCAUGCACCCUCAAACUAGAGACUACUCCUUCUACUCCACGGCUUCGGCACAUACUCUAGGCUAGACAUGCUAUUCCUUCCCCAGGACUACCUACAUCUGGCCACCUCCUGCACAUACGGCCCGAUCACCUGGUCGGAUCACGCACCCCUGUCUCUUGCCGUACAAAUCCCUACACUCCCGCUAACAUCUUUUCAUUGGAAACUUAAUGAUUUCCUACUCAACGACUCCACCAUUACAUCGCGAGUGGAAACCACUCUCACUAAUUACUUCCAGAAAAACACGCUACCAUUGAUUUCCCCCAUCACAACCUGGGAGGCACACAAGUGUGUCAUAUGGGGAGAAUUUCUAGCAAUUAUGGCUACCCUUAAAAAACGAAGGACACAAAGAAUCGAUACACUCACACGGGAAAUUAGGUCCCUGGAGCAUACCCACACCAGGGACAGCUCCCUGCCAACAUAUAAUACUCUCAUAACUAAACGCGCAGAACUGACACAACUACUGCAACACCAAGCCGAGAAAAAGCUAUUAAACACUAAACACUCCUACUACGCAAAGGGAGUCAAAUGCGGCAAACUGCUUGCCAAUGCCCUACGACAGUCCAGACAAAACACAUACAUUUCCAAAAUCAAGACACAGACUGGCACACUAUCUCGCACCCUUCCAGAUAUCAUGGAAGCCUUUCAACAAUUCUACACCAAACUAUAUAACCUCAGAAACUCACCCCCCUCCACAGCCGACAUAGACGGGUUUCUUUCCACCAGGCUCAAAAACACAAUCCCUGCAGAAGUAGCCCGCUCCAUAGACAUGCCUAUUACCCAAGACGAAUUAAAAUGUGCGAUCAAAUCAACACCGCUGGGCAAGAGCCCAGGUCCUGAUGGCCUAACGGCCAAAUACUACAAACAAUUCGCCACACUUCUGGCGGAACCAUACCUGAGGGCAUUUAACGCUCUCACUGAUCCGGCCCCACUCCCAGCGUCGGCACUAGAAGCACACAUCACGCUAUUACCGAAACCAGGUAAAGACCCAACUGUAUGCAGCAGUUAUCGCCCAAUAUCGCUCAUCAAUGUAGACCUUAAGAUAUGCACAAAAAUUCUAGCCAUGCGACUACAACCGAUCCUACACACCUUAAUACACCCAGACCAAUCUGGCUUCGUCCCUAAGCGCGAAGCCAAAAAUAACACAACUAAACUAUUGAAUCUCAUACACCUCUCCCAUACCACUCAAAGACAGAGCCUACUUCUAUCCAUAGACGCAGAAAAAGCGUUUGAUAGAGUAGACUGGAAAAUGCUGACAGCCACACUCCAAGCCUUAGGCUUUGGCCCAAAUUGGAUGAAAUGGAUGGGAGCCAUAUACUCUACCCCGACGGCGAAAUUGAGAAUAAACUGCCAAUUAGCAAGCCAGUACACAUUAGAAACGGCACGAGACAGGGGUGCCCUCUCUCCCCCUUACUCUUCAUCCUCUCUUUAGAACCCUUUCUGCAGGGAAUAAGAGACCACGACGACAUUCACGGAUUCACUGUCCAUCCACAGGAGUUUAAGGUCUCCGCAUUCGCAGAUGAUCUAUUAUUCUCCAUCACAGACCCACUCACUUCCCUACCACCUUUAAUUGCAGAACUGAAGGCAUAUGCUGAACUAUCCAACUUUAAGGUCAAUUACACAAAGAGUGAAAUUUUACCCCUCGGAUUGGACAGACGCACACAAACUGAACUUAAAGCCAUGUAUCCCUUCACAUGGGCCGAGAAGUCCAUCACCUAUUUAGGGGUCCACCUACCCAGACACUUAAAGCACACAUAUGACCUGAAUUUUAUACCACUACUCGCGGCAAUAUCGAAAGAUAUAGGGGAUUGACAGAGACCGGUCUUCAGCUGGUUAUGUAGGAUCAACAUAUUGAAGAUGAAUACGCUACCUAAAGUGUUGUAUCUCCUGCAAACACUCCCCAUCACAAUCCCCCCCCUCCUUCUUUGCUAAACUCAAACAAAUCUUCACGACCUUCAUUUGGGCGAACAAGCGCCCGAGAAUAGCAUACUCGAUUCUGACCAGGCAUAGAGAACAGGGAGGGCUAGGAUUACCCCACAUUGAACGCUACUACCAGGCGGUCAUACUAACUAGGAUGUACAAAUGGUCUGCAAUACACCCACUCAAACAAUGGGUGCACAUAGAGGGCUCCAUGUUCCAAUCCCCUCUAUAUACGAUCCCAUGGCAGGACGAGGGUCAUUCACUCCUCCUGCCUCAACACUCACACCACCCAACGAUUAUACCCACACUACGUCUGUGGUCACGCAUUAGACUCCAGAACGACAUCUCACCACAUCCCUCACCCUUCUACCCUCUGGCACACAACCCCAAAUUUUUACCAGGCUUACGCCCCCAGUUCUUCCAUCAGUUUCCACCAACUCAAAAAACAAGAUACCUGAUGGUUAACACGGUCAUCACACCAACGGGGAUAGCUCCACUAUCUACUCUAACCUCCACAGACCACCCAACUACCCAACAAUAUUUCCAAUAUGCUCAGCUGACACACUUCCUGAAGGGGGAACCACACCUUCUUCGAGGAACAAGAGCACACACCAAAUACGAAACCUACUGUACUACCCACAGCCUACAAACCAAGCACCUAUCUAUAUUCUACAAACUCCUUAACACCAUAAAUUUCGCCCCUCCCCCCUCAUUCACAGCGGCGUGGGAGACUGAGCUGGGUAUUACCAUUCCAGUGGGAACAUGGCACAAAAUAUUCAUGUACUCCCAUGCCACGUCCAUUAGCACCGCAGUAAGGGAAAGCACAUACAAAAGAAUCUCCAGAUGGCAUUACUCACCUGCUAAGAUACAUGCUAUCUUUCCAACAGCGCCAGAUACAUGUUGGAGGUGCGGGCAACCCAAGGCAACUACAGCUCAUAUCUGGUGGCUAUGUCCGGCCAUCCAAACCUACUGGCAGAGGCUGGGAGGGUUAAUCAAAGCUAUCACAGGCCAUCAACUCCCACAAUCACCCGAAACUUUCCUCUUCCUCGUACACACAACGCACAUACCGAACCUCCAACGCAAACUAGUCAACCAUAUGCUGACAGCAGCAAAUAUGUUGAUACCGUUAAAAUGGAAGAGCACCAAUGCCCCAUCAGUACGGGAGUGGAUACAAAAGGUAGAAUUCAUAAGGACCAUGGAAGAACUAGACGCAUCAUACUCGAACAAAUACACCACCUACACCCUAACAUGGCAGCCCUGGUUGACCUAUCUAGGCAAUUGAGCCACCUAAUUAUCGUCUAAAUACUACCUCUACACGACCACCCUAAUACCUACACCGUCCCUACCUUCCCCCCGUUGUUUCCUCCCUACUAUACACUACAAACUAUAUCACGCUUAAAGUUGAAUCGAAGUCACUAGACCAAACUAUGUUGUCAGCCUAAUGACAAGAUUCUUUCGAACUAAUUACUGUUACCCUACUUUGUUGUACAACUGUGAAAAAUGUAAAAAUGCGCAGAUUCUGUUGCCUGCAUACCUUGAAUUGUUAAUUGUUAUACACGGGUGGCAAACACCUAUGUUCUGUAACAUUUUAUGCGCAAUAAAAUAAAGAAUUAAAAAAAUAUAUAUAUAAAAAAUAUUUGCAAUCUUAAGCCAGCAAGAAAAAAAAAAAUUAAAAACAGUUGGUCAAUCCCCUUAGCCAAGUCAGUUAACAGGUCUAUCAACCCAUACCGCCAUAAAUUAAGAAGGAGUAUGAAUACAAAGUUUAGGCUUGGAUUGUGGUCACAGUGGUGCGAUGCUUCUCCCCUCCUGGGUUAUCAACGCAGAGUAAUCAUCUUUUGGGCUAAGGAAGGUGCUGGGGGAGAUACCAAGGCUUGCACCAGGAUUCCCAAAUAUGGGAUACUGUUUGUUUUUGGGGCGCAGUCAGUGCUGUGGCCUGUUUAAAUGCGUAAUUUAUAGGAAGUCUCUCCCACUGCUAUUUCAGUGGGGCAUAGCUUGCUUUUCCAGUGUAGUGCUAAGUAUCUGGCAGCUAGUGCUACGUGAGAGGCAAGCACCUGCUCAUAAAAUGAUAAAUGUUUAGUUAAAUCAAACCAUAGGUACACACGAUGGUUUAAAGGGCAAUUUAAUAUGUAACUUGUGGAGUAGUUUGGAGACCUCUUGCCAAAUGGGGUAUACAGUUGUGCUCAAUAGUUUGCAUACCCUGGCAGAAAUUGUGAAAUGUUUUCAUUAAAUUUGAAAAUAUGACUGAUCAUGCAAAAAAAAUUAAAUAUAUAUAUUUAUUGAAGGAUAGUGAUCAUAUGAAACCAUUUAUUAUCAUAUAGUUAUUUGGCUCCUCUUUAAAUCAUAAUGAUAACAGAAAUCACCCAAAUGACCCUGAUCAUACACUUGAAUGUUUGGCUUUGUUACAAACACACCAGGUUAAAAUGGCAAUUUAAAGGUUAAUUUCCAACACCUUGGACUUUUUAAAUUGCAAUUAGUGUCUGUGUAUUAAUGGUCAAUGAGUUUGUUAGCUCUCCCAUAGAUGCACCAAGCAGACUAGAUACAGAGCUAUGGGGAGCAGAGAAGAACUGUUAAAAGACCUGCGUAACAAGGUAAUGGAACUUUUAUAAACAUGGGAAAGGAUAUAAAAAGGUAUCCAAAGCCUUGAAUGUGCCAAUCAGUACUGUUCAAUCACUUAAGUGGAAAAUUCAGAUUUUAUUUAUUUAUUUUAUAUGCAAAGCCAAGGUCAGGUAGACCAAGAAAGAUUUCAGCCACAACUACCAGAAGAAUUGUUCGGGAUAUAAAGAAAAACCCACAGGUAACCUCAGGAGAAAUACAGGCUGCGCUAUGUUUGGAGAAGGGUCAACAAGGCCUAUAGUGAAAAGAAUACCAUCCCCACUGUGAAGCAUUGUGGUGGCUCACUGAUGUUUUGGGGAUAUGUGAGCUCUAAAAGCAUGGGGAAUCUUGUGAAAAUUGAUAGCACUGAUGAAUGCAGCAUGUUAUUAGAAAAUACUGGCAGACAAUUUGCAUUCUUUUGCAAGAAGUCUGCGCAUGGGACGCUCUUGGACUUUCCAGCAUGACAAUGACCACAAGCACAAGGCUAAGUUGACCUUCCAGUAGUUUCAGCAAAAAAAGGUGAAGGUUCUGGAGUGAUCCUCACAAUCUCCUGACCUUAAUAUCAUCGAGCCACUCUGGGGAGAUCUCAAACGUGCAGUUCAUGCUAGACAACCAAAGAUUGUACAUGACCUGGAGGCAUUUUGCCAACACGAACGGGCAGCUAUACCACCUGCAAGAAUUAGGGGCAAAAGACUGCACCCUGUCAUUGAUUCUAAAGAGGGCAAUACACAGUAUUAAGAGCUAUGUAUACUUUUGAUAUAAAUAUCAAAAUCCCAUAAAUAAUUUUUAAAAAGUGUUUUGCCUGCUCACUCAUGGUGAUGUGAGUUGCAUUUGAUGAUUUCCUUUCCCUCCCCCCCCCUCCCCCCCUUUUGCCCCUGCGUGCUGUCACUGAGGGGAAUGGUGUUAUAACCUUCUUAAUAUGGGGAUCCGAAGUGAGAAUUGGCCAAAAUCUUUUAAGCGUAUUUAUCAUGUUAGACCAGCCUGCAUCAUACGAGUUCCAGUAUCCUAUCCAAAACAAACAUUAAUACUUAACCACAGAAUAAUAUUUAAGCCUCAUUUUUACUAUAUUUGGAAUGGGACAAGCACAAUCUUCUAAUGAAGCCUAAUCCAUGAUUUGCGUAACUUAACCAUAUGACCAGGAAUUGUGAUGUCCGCCAUAUUGGGUCACAAGUAAGGAGUGUGUCAUAUCUAUGGAAUGGGAAAAAUAGUAACCAAUUCGUAGAUGCAAGUACAUAAGAGGAGAUAGAACCAAAUGUUUCCAUUUGGAUUGAUGUUGGUCUGGAACAUAAGGGGGUGGUCAUUUAUUGUUUCUAUAGGUACACCUUAACUCCACCCCUGGGCAAGACUUGGUGAUCCACAGGUUAUAUAUCUAAUGAUUCUGAAAUGUGUAUUGGACUUGCUUGGGGCCAAAAUCCGAUUUUGAGUGAGUCACCAUCUUCUUUACCAGAGACCCGCUUGGCAGAAGUUUUACUUUGAAAUCCUGAGUCAGUGAUUAGGACUUCUGUUAUUUUAUCCUUUUUGUUUAUCUGUUGUUGGUGUAACUAAUUUGAUUGUCAUCUAUAUUUUUGUGUGCACUGUGACUAUUUUUUGCUCAUAUUAAAUAUUCCUUUAUUCUGCCUUUGUCUGGUAAAGAAUCACGUUACCUGAAGAUCAUAAUUAAUGUUUUGCAAUUACAUAGAUAUUGUGCGACCUUGUAUUUGGUGGGUUUUUAUUAAGUUAUCUGGGGGACUAAAGCACCCCAUUUAUAAAUUGUCUUGGUGGUGGCAGCGUUAAAAUAGUAAUAGUUAUAUUAUUAUGGUUAAGUGUGGGUGGUGUUAAGUGGUAUUGUAUCAUUUCCAGUCUAGUUCAGACAAAUGGGGAACUUUAACCCUUUCACCACCACAGCUACGUCUCACACACUCUUGACGUUGGGUGCAUUCAUGACAGCAAUGAAGAGAAUUUGUUUAUUUAGGCAACAGGGUGUAAAAGUGUCCGGUGUAUAGAUCCAAAAGACCUCGCAGUGAAGUAACUUCAAAUCAUGGCUUACCACUUCUAGAGGAGGCCAGAAUGUGGUCAGUACCAAUAUAUUUGAAAGAAAAUAAUGCAUGUCCAUUCUGCAAAAAAAAAGAUGAACCAUGGGUUUGUCUGAAGAACCAUCACAAAGUGCCAUCCUGAUACAGGAUUUGUGGCCUCUUAUUCUUUCUCUUAAUCAUUUGUUGUCUCUGUAUGACAAGCUCACAGGGGCAAGUGGUUUUAUACACUACUUAGUUUGUGGUACAUGUUGUUCUGUGUCUAAAUUAAAAGGUCCCACCUGACUAUUAAAAAAUGAUUUGCCAGAGUAAAUGUGGCCACAGGUGACAAAUCCAAAGCAUUUGUAGUAUAUAUUAUUAAUCAAUGGUUUAUGAAUUAAUUGGUAUUGAUCAGUAUGGACUAAUAUGUCCCUGAGGUUUGCUGUCAUCUUGUACCCCACAAGUGGGGUAUUGUGGAAAGGUCCCUGCUGAAAAGAGACCAGUGCUUUUUGAAAACCUUUUUCAAGACUGGAGAAUUCGUAUUGCAUAUUUGUACAUAAAUAACUCUGUUCCGACUCCCAUGGUCACUAGGGAGAUCAUUAACUGUGUGCAAAGACAACCUUUCCAUUUUGUAAUGAGCUUCAGAAAGUGCAUGUAAUAGUAAGUACUUAUUAUAACCUUGUGCAAGAAAAUGAUCAAACAUUUCUUGCAGUUGAACCCCUCUACGCAGGGGGGAAAGGGAUCUAAAACAAAACUUUGACUUUGAGCGAUAAGUUUGUUCCACUGUAAUUUAAGGGUUUCCUUUCAAGUGCCCCCAUACAUACUCUAUUAAAUGAAAGCCUUUUAUUUAUUUUUUUAUUUUAUCCAGCUUCUUGAACAGUUUGGCACAAACUGUGGAAUUCCACCAAACACACUCUUCACCUGUAGCUUAGCUGUUAUGGUGCUUGGAGUGUCCCUUUAAGCUAAAUAAGUAAAAUUAAAUCUAUAGAUAUUGAUGGCUAAUUUUACAACUCACUGCAAUUUUUCCUAACUGCUUCUCCACUGGCUAGUGAAUGGAACAUUAUGGCUUGCAUAUUGUAUAAAUUUAUUUCUAAUGAAGUGGAUGGUUUUAUUUUUUGGUCCACUUUACUGUUGUGUAGUAACAUAUGAAUAUGCAUCAUUAGUAUAGCAGUUAAAAAAAAAAAUCCUAACACCUUUUUACUUCUUUUACAGCCCAGAGCAAGACCACCUUUCCUCUACAUUGGCAUCUCCCAAAUUCACUAUUCCACACACUGACAAUCGAACACUACAUCACAUAAACCAACAUUCGCCUUCAAGCCUUUCCUCUCCUUGGAGCUUCUCUGUGUCAGAUCCACAGCAAGAAAGUGAAAGAAGAGCUGAUGGGGUACCUUCAGAAGGCCAGUAUCUACAGACUGGGAGGUUUGAAUGGGCUUCGGGCAUGGAUGAUGAUGGUCACUCUACGCUUAUGAUGGUGCGGUCAGACCCACCUCCCAUUACAAUGCCAGUGUUUAGAAGAGCUUUGCAACUGGGCAGUUCACAAGAGACCUGGCAGGGCAGCAACUACUCUGAGGAAGAUGCACAAGUAGAAGUAGAAGAAGAAGAGGAUGAUGAUGAAGAGGAAGAAGGUUCGGUCUAUACAUGUAUUGAGUGCAGCAUCUAUUUCAAAAAGAAAGCUCACCUGCUGGAGCAUAUGUUUCAGCACACUCAAGAGGGAGAAGGAGAGGGAACACAGGCUGGGGAUGGCCCACAUACCUGUGGUGAGUGUGGAAAAUGUUUUGGAGAGGAGAGUAGUUUGACAACCCAUCGCCAGCUACAUCAGGAGUCCAGACAAAAAAUUAUGGAAGAAAUACGCAAGCUAGAGAGUUUGGCAGAUGAAGGAAGGAGUGCACGUCUUCAAUGCCCAAAAUGCCUCUUUGGUACGAACUCCUCCAAAGUGUUUGUCCAGCAUGCAAAGACCCAUGUUAAGAAGGGGAUUGGUGAAAACCGAACAACACCAUCAUCAUUUAGAACUCCAGCUGAGAUGCAUGAAGAAAGUAGCACAGAAGAGGUAAAUGAUGGAAUCUGGAAUAUUGCUGAGAAAGAGGCAGAAAGUGAGCAAGAUUGGGGAGUAGAUGUGCCCCAAGCUGAAGAGAUGCAAUAUCCAGGCAAAGCAAAGAGAAAAACUCCAUUCAAAGAAAACACAGGAGAUUGCACAAAAGAUGAGCAACAGAAGACUGGAGAAUGUUGUAAGACUUUGAAAGGCUCUUGGAUACCAGAAGCAGCAAUGGAAGUUAAGAGAAAGUUUCGAGAAGCUCUAAAGGAUGGUGGCUUGGCUGAAGAUGGACAAAGACAACAAUUAAGAGAGGCAGUGGCUGUUGUUGUACUCGAAAACAUUAGCUCUAGAAAGAGGAGAUCAAAGGUAUCCCAGCCUUGGGGCUAUAGUAAAAGACUGUCUGGAGAGUACUCCUCAAAAAAUUCCACCUCACCUUUUGAACUUCAGCAUUCUAGAGAAGAAUGGGCAGAAGAUGGAGAUGGUGAUCUACCCUUGGAUGCUCUGUUAAUGGAUCCCAGCUAUGAGGGACAACUUGAGGCACUUGGUCUUAGGAGUGAAGAACGAGAGUGUCCAUACUGUCCUGAUCGCUUCCACAAUGGUAUUGGGCUGGCCAACCAUGUCAGGGGCCAUUUAAACAGAGUCGGGGUCAGCUACAAUGUACGACAUUUCAUAUCGGCAGAGGAAGUGAAGGCUAUUGAACAGAAUUACUCCUUUCAGAAGAAGCGCAAGAAAGGUUAGUGUACUGUUUAAGUUAACAAUUUUUAUGCAAGAGUGACUCAAUAUACAGUAUAGAUCUACUUAGAACAAUGGGGGUUAUGGAUAAAGAGCGGUUUAGAAACAUUUGUAAUAGUGUAGCAAUAAGUAGGUAAAUUGCAUUGGUUUUCAUGGAAAAGACUUUUCUCAAAGAAUUUGUCUUAAAAAUUGCUCUUAACUCUUCAUGAUUAGUAAGUUAUUUACCUUGACAUAAAAAUAGAAAAUAUCUCCUUUUAGACUUUUUCAGUUGUGUGUUUGUCUAAUAUUUUGUAAGUAAGAUGUUUUGUGAUGGAAGCUACAGAUAGUUCCCAGUGUAUUUUUUUUUUUUUUUAUAAGAGGCCAAGUACCAAAGACUGCUAUAUGAUUUUUAACUUUUUGAGUACCAAAGGUAUGCCCAAGGCAUUGUUUUGCAAUGCACACCUCUAGCAUCAGUGGUUACAUAAGUUGCAAGUAGUACAUAUGAGACAAAUUAGCCAACUGGGUAUCUUAGAGAGCAUAAAUGAUAUAACAUGGUAGGAUGUAAUAGCUUACUUUGACACCCCAGAUGGUUGUGAACCGCAUAUCUCAUGAUCAUCCAGACUAUUCAUUGCUGGAAAUGUAGUUGAUGAACAUCUGGGAUUCCAAGGUUAGUAAUGACUGUUCAUGUUACCAUGUGAGGAUUGAAAGCCAAUUUUUGAAGCACAAUUAAAUUUUUAAGAUUCCUGGUGACACAUGCUGAAAAGCUAUUGAGAAGGUUAGGGCAGAUCCAAACACAUUCGGGUUUAUUCACUAAAUGUCACAUUGCAGUGAAAUUAAAAAGAAAUUGCAUAAACUUGCCAAAUGUAGUUACAUUUUGCAGUUCAGUUUUCAAUUGUCUGCAAUUCAAUAUUUAGUGAAUAAACUCAUCUGUGAAAGGAGUUUGCCAUUACAAACAUUACAUUUAUAGCCAUAACUAAAAACUAAUAAAAGAAAACAAAACAAAAAAAAGGGCUGGAAACUCUAUAAAUAGACAUAUAGUAUACCCUGUAGGAUAGGUGACAGAGUUCAUGUAUUCAUGUGAGAUCACAAAAUUUUCCACCACAGGAAAAUGCCUUUGUAGUGAUUGUCUUAUUAUUUAAAAGAAGGUAUUCUGUUGUGACUAAAUAUUUGGAAUCUCACAAGAAAGUUUCUCUGUUCUUUGUCCUGAAGGACAUAUGUAUUAUAUGUCCUUUUAUAUACCAAAUAUCUUUUUUGUUUUUGUCAAAUAAAUUAAUGACAUGUUUUACCUGUAAGAGGUAGCAUUUGACCACCACUAGGUAAUAUACAAUCAUCAUUGAUAUUAGGAGCUUAGCUUGCUAUAUUAUGCUGCUCCAAACCCCAUGUUUUCUAUUUUAUCUAUAUUGCGAUUUUGACACACCCACCUAAUUUAUAUAUUUAUAUAAAAAAAUAAUAUAUUAUUGGUUCCAAUGUGUGUGCUAAUUCUCACACACACUAGUAGUAUAUCUCAGUUUAUCUAUUAUACAGCUCCCAUUAUCAAAUUCAGUUCAAAAUGUGGUCCUCAAUCUGUGCUCUUAAGAAAUUUACAGCAUCUGGUUACAAAUAUUCAGGAGGCUAAUGAGAUCUCAACAUGUUCAAAUUACGGUAUAAAAUUUCUGUUUUGCAUUGUGACUGGAGUCAACAAAAAUACAGUAACCGUUUCUAACUAUUUGCAACACAGCUUAAAAGUGUAGCAUUUCAUUAACAAUGUACUGUAAUAAUUCGGUUUAAAUAAUUAACCACAUGGAGAAAAUUAUAGCAUUAGCAAAGUAAGCUUUGCAGGCCUACACAUCUGAAGACUUUAUCUGAGUGAACAUGGUGAUCUAGGGAGGCAUACUUACUAGAUUAUAGCAUCUGAUAGUACAUGCAAUUUUGCCAGAGGGUCAGGUAGAAUUUUUUUGACCUGGCCAUCUAACUAGGCCCAUGUGUUUGAGGCAUGUUGAGUAGGCCUAGAAGCCUAAUGGGGCAUCUGCCAGAGUGCUACUUUGUGUCUUUGGGGAGUGUAGCCGAGAGCCAUUAAGUAGUUGUUAGCGAUGUCGCGAACGGUUCGCCGCGGACUCAUCAUUGAGUAAACUUUGACCCUGUACCUCACAGUCAGCAGACACAUUCCAGCCAAUCAGCAGCAGACCCUCCCUCCCAGACCCUCCCACCUCCUGGACAGAGUCAAAGUUUACUCAAUGAUGAGUCCGCGGCGAACCGUUCGGGACAUCACUAGUAGUUGGGCAUUUAGCAAGGGAGGAUUCAAAGUAGACUUUGCAUUUAGCAUAGGCACUUAGUAGGCCUAGAAUUUAGGGAGGCGGACUUUGUGUAGACAGGGACAUCUAUCUAGCAGGAGAAGUGCUGGGUGUUCUGGGGUGGAGGGAUGUUUGUAGUGCAUAGGCUGCCAUUUAAAAAUAGAUAUUUUAUAUUUUUUGUCAAAUUAACAAGUCUGCAUGGAUAAAUACAUUUACUAUGAAGAGUACCUAUUUUUAUACUGUACAGCAGAUCGGCUCCACUCCUACAUUGCUUAAGAUGUGCAUGAAAAUGUAAAAUACAAUUAAAAUGUAUUAUACAAUUAGUAUAGUAUAGUGACACCUGCUAGGUAUGAGAGGUCAUGUAGUGUUUCAUGUUAAAUAUACCAGACAAUCUAGUUGGGGAUGCAGACUUGGCCUGUGCAUCUACUAGUGCAGGAGUAGGCAACCUUCGGCACUCCAGAUGUUGUGGACUAAUGUUCUGACACCCAUUCAGAUGGCAAAACAUCUGGAGUGCCGAAGGUUGCCUAUGCCUGUACUAGUGUAUAGAAAGCAGACUUCUUAGUGUGUGCAUAGACUAGGAUUCGACAACACACAACAGCCACACAUGACAUGUCUGACUUGGCCCAAGGUUUUAAUGGGGGACACUGGAUAGCGCUGACUAAUAAUAAAGGGUGUUGUGCAGGUCAAUACAACUGUAAAAUUUGAGUAGGCCAGGACGCCCGGUGAGCCACAAUAUGUAGAACUGGACACCAGGUGUUCUCCUCUCACCCUCUGCAGUGGCGAACUUUGACCCCAGUACGUUCAGCCUGAUGCGGUGUGAGUUCUGUGGUGCUGGCUUCGACACUCGUGCUGGCCUCUCCAGUCACGCCCGUGCCCACCUUCGAGACUUUGGUAUCACCAACUGGGAGCUCACAGUGUCUCCCAUCCAUGUGCUUGCUCGACUGCUUGCCCGUUCUCCCGGUCGUCCGCUGCCCCCCUUCCCGCCUUGGCACCAGGAGACUGACACAGACGGUAAGCCUUUGUGCUUCUUUAUAUCAUCAUUGAGGUAUCACAUUGCAUCAUCACCAGCCUGCAGUCAGAUCCAAGUUUGUGUCCUGGCCUAUCCCUCUUCAUCUAACAUUCCUCUUCCCAUCCUAGCCUUGCAGCACCCUUCUCACAUUCCACAAUGUAACCUGUCACUAUCAGUGAUCAUGUCAUAAUGGGCCUAAUUAUUUAAUCUUUAAAUUACCUCACUGCUGCCAAUCUAUGACUCUUGGUGUUCACUCUAAGUUAAAAUGGUUAAUCUAAGCACUGUUACCACUUCAGCUUUCUGAAGUGGCUGUGGUGCAAUGACUUAGUUAGUGCAGCAUUUUAGCUUAAAACACCAGUAUCAAGAUAUUUUAGAUUUUUAACCUUGGUAUAGCUCUACCUCCAGCUCAUGUCAUUCAGUCAGACACAAACGUUUUCCACACUGACUGUUAGUUUUACCAAACUUGGGUUCAGUUGCAAGAAGAGUCACCGCCUGCUUGGGCCAUGCUUCUGCUGAGUGAUUAACAUAGGCCAGUUCACUGAACAUGGCCAUGUGUAAAGUGAUAGCAGCUUCAAUAAAUGGAAAUUCUCUGUGUGAAAGAACUGCUUAUCCCAUAAACUACUAGCUGUGUAUGAGUUUAUGGGAUAAGAGUCUCUCUUCCUGAUGAGAGAGGGGUCUCUAUCUGUUGCUGUAGGCAGUCCUACUAAAGUGCACUGAGGAAAAAUGUGAAGGCGAGUAAUCAAUGAAAUGUUUCACCUGAAAGCUCAGUGCUUCAGUCUUUGCAUUUCUUUUUAUUGAUUUGCAUUUUAAUUUUUUUUUUUAAUGCAUUCUCUCUUUAAUGCAUUAAAACAAUUGGUAUAAUUUUGCCCCAUAGUUCCCCUUUCAGUUUAUGAGAGUACAGCACUCUCUGUAAAGAGUCUGGCGAGUCCUUCCAUAGACAACGCAUUUUUACCCACAUCCUUUACUAGUGACGGAUGGGGAAAAUGACAAACUUUACAGCAAUAGCCAAGUCUCUUCUCGAGUUUUGGAAGACUUGGGGAAUAUACAUAAGACAAAGUAGUUCAUAUUUUGCCUUCUAAUAUACUUUGGCUGUACUGGAAUGAAAUUCCAACACCGUCAAUGUGAGUAUUUCAUAAAGAUUAAAAAAAAAAAAUCCAAUUUAUGAGUCUUUUUAUUGCAGCUUUUGGCAAUGUUUCACCUGAAAGCUCAGUGCUGCGUUCAGUCUUUGCCUUUUUAAUUUUUUUUUUUUAAGUGCAACAUAAGUGCAAUUUUAUUGAAUGAAUAAUUAAAAAAAAAAAUAAUAAUAAUAAAAAAAAAAAAAAAAAUAUAUAUAUAUAUGAAGCAUAGGAAGCUGAUACAUAACAAAUGGCACAACUGACCACAGAUUAACUGGUUUGGGUGUAUUUUUUUUUUUUUGGAUGCAACACUUUUUUUCCUUUUUAAAAUUAAAAAAAAAAAUUAAUAUAUUUAACAAAAAAAAUGUUUUAAUGAUUGUUUGAAUUUCAUCUGUAAAUGGCAAUUAAUUUGUGCAAACCCCUGUUUUGCUGGAUGUUAGAGGCUUUAAGGUUGUGGAUGAUAAAUGUUACAUCACACAAAACAUAUAGGUAUUUAUUUUCACCUUUUCCUUCCCUCAUUAUUAUUUUAUUUAUAUAGGGCCAGCAAAUUCCGUAGUGCUGUACACUCAUAGAAUUGCACAAAAAUAUUACAACAGAUAUAGUUGUUCUAGGUUAAUCAUGUUCUCAAACACUUGCAUCCAGAAUUUGAGAAUAUCCUCACUGAAACACACAUUCAGACUGACACUGUGGUUGGCAGGAGCCUCCUGCCUUCUCAGCUGUAAUUUAACACUAAUGGAGUUAAUUUUGUUCCAAUUUUUUUUUUUUCUUUUGAAAGAAAAAUUCACAAAUAUUUUGUAGAUGACUGUUGCAUAUUGCUGCUGCUGCUAAACUUACAUAUAAGUAUUCUAUGGUUUCUAAGCAGAUCAAGUUGGCUCCUAGUUGUGUGAAAUUAUUUUUGUUUAUUUUCCAAACUUAAAAGGGAGCCUAUAGUGCAAAAAUAACAAUUUGUUAUAUAUUCCCAUUUGUCUGUUUGCCUUUUUAUCUGUAAACAUUAAAGGGACACUAUAGUCACCAGAACUACAGCUUAAUGUAGUUGUUCUGGUGAGUAUUCUCAUUAUAUGCUGGCAUUUCCAUGCAAACAGUCUUUUCAGAGAAAAGGCAGUGUUUACAUCCCCUCUAGGGACCCCUCCAAGUGGUCACUCCUCACAUGGAGGUGCUUCCUAGGGCAGUGCUGCACAGUAGGCAGCACUGCUGUUCAGGCUCCCAACGCUCUGCAUAGGGACGCUGAAUUUUCCUCAUAGAGAUGCAUUGUUUUAAUGCAUCUCUAUGAGGAGGUGCUGAUGGACCCAAACAGUGUUUGGCCCUGCCCCAUCAUGCCUCCUUUCUGAUGAUGUCACCAAGAAGGCGGAUUGGGGACGGGGCCAGCACCGGCAGACCAGUGCGGAGUUGUAAAUAAGAUGAGUUUUUAAUUCCUUUUAAGGGGGCUGAUGGGGGGUGGGUAAGCCACCUAAAUGGUGGGUUUAACACUAUAGGGUCAGGAAUACAUGUUUGUGUUCCUGACCCUAUAGUGUUCCUUAACGUAAAAUAAAUAUUACUCCCUUCAUUUCAAGCAUUGGCAUUCCUCUUGUGAUGUAAACAACCAUGCUAAAGUUACCAGUGAUCUUUUCCAGUCUAAUACUUUUCAUAGAGAAGCAUUGGAUUUGAGAGCGUAUGUGCAGCAAAACACUGCUCUCCUCCAAACAAAUGCUAUUACCAACAGCAUUUGGUUCUCAGACCAAGUUUUACUCCAUUCUAAAGGAGGAAGUGCAUCUGUUUGUGGUCUUAAAGGCACACUGUAGUCACCAAAACAAUAGCUUAUUGAAUUUGUUCUGGCUUUUUGCUGUAAACACUGUAUUUUCAGAGAAAAUGCAGUGUUUACAUUACACCCUAGUGAUAACUUCACUGGCCACUCCUCAGAUAGCUGUUAGAGAUCCUUCCUGGGUCAUGGCUGCCUAAAAUGCAUCCAAACAUUCAGUGUCUCCUCCCUCUGCAUGCAGACACUGAACUUUCCUCAUAGAGAUUCAUUGAUUCAGUUCAUCUCUAUGAGGAGAUGCUGAAUGGCCAGGGCCAUAUGUUGCUUUCUUGUGCCCCUUGUUUCAGGCACAGGCACAAAACCUUUGCAAUGUGUACUGUCAUUUUAAAAGGAUAGGCCCAAUUGGACUACCACCUCUGUCCUUCCCUCUAAAGUGUCAGUGUUUCCAUUUGUGCUUUAAACUGCAUUUGAUAUAACACAUUACGCAAAUAAAUAUCACAAAGCUACCUGCAAGUGAAUAGAAGCUGUGCUACCUCAAUAUGAACAAAAGUGAUAUAAGCAAUUCAGAAUGUAGUGUAGUUGCCUGUAGUGCAUGGGUUGGCCACCUAUGACAGGAUGCUUUUGCAUGGCACAUGAGGCUGCCAGAGCCAUAUAGGCCAGUUCGGGAGUUCCGAGCCAGUAAUGUGCAGCUCAGGUGGGCGCAGACAAAGAACUCCAUAGCAUUACAUCACUGAUAGGGUACGUUGCAGGUUAGGGGAUCAUUUUGGGGGGGGAUUAGUUAAGAGUUUACAUUUCUGGUUUGUGAAGUCUGAUAGUGAAAGGAGUCAACAGUAUGUUGAAGGGAAGCCUCCACUACUCUAAACCUGCUGCAUGGUGUACAUUACUGUACCCCAUGUCAUUACAGUGCAAAAUACAGCAGUGUAUAGCACUGACCGUGUGAUUGGUAUGUUUGAAAAGUUACCUUUUACAUUGAUGUAUGUAAACCAUGUAGAAACUUCUACUUUAGCUAUAUCUGAAGAUGGUGCUGCCUGGGAGACCCAGUUUAGUGACAACCUGUUCAAAAAAUGGUUUAGGUGUUACACUGAGGAUCGUGUCGGGGGACUUCUGGCACCAUAACCACUACAGUGUGCUGUAUUCAUUAUGGUGCUUAGACUGCCUCCUUUAACAGGCACAAAAAUGUGGUGUAAAUGCUAUGUACUUCAUCAAUACUUUGAGUGUAUAAAUAAGCACAUUAUUAUUAUUAUGAUAUUUAUAGAGCGCUGUCAAAUUCUGCAGCGCUUUACAAUGGGUGGACGAACAGACAUGUAGUUGUAACCAGACAAGUUGGACACACAGGAACAGAGGGGUUGAGGGCCCUGCUCAAUGAGCUUACAUGCUAGAGGGAGUGGGGUAAAAUGACACAAAAAAGGUAAGGAUAGUAUUAGACUAGUGACAGUUGCAGAAGAGGAAUCAGUCAGGAGCUAUUAACAGUUUAAUUGAUACGCUUUUAUGAAGAAGUGGGUUUUUAACGAUUUUUUGAAGGAGUGGAGACUGGGUGAGCAUCUAAUGGAGGAGGGAAGCGAGUUCCACAGGAACGGUGCAGCCCUCGGGAAAUCUUGAAGGCGAGCAUCAGAGGUGGGAGUACGGACAGAAGAUAGACGUAAGUCUUCAGCAGAUCGUAAGGGCCUAGACGGGACAUACUUGUGUAUGAGGUGGGAGCAGCAUUAUGUAGCGAUUUGAAAGCAAGAACCAGAAUUUUUAAUUGAACUCUAUAUUUUAUAGGAAGCCAAUGUAGGGACUGACAGAAGGGUGAGGCAUGGGAGGUGCGGGCGGACAGGAACAUUACAUUGUAUAUUACCUUUUUUUAAUUUAUAGAUUAAAGAGGCAUGGUUUACUUUGUCUCGUUCAAAAGCUUUAGCAUAGAAUGAGACUGUUACUUCACUGUGCAGGCUGAAAAAGCAGGUAGUAUUUUUUUUUAUUCCCUUCAUGUUUACCUGCUUCUUCUUUCUUAUUCUUUCCAUGCCCAUUCUGGGCGAGGUCAGCAAAGAUCUAGCCAGUGUCCUAUCCCUAGAAAUGCUGGAAAAGUGCUAGGGCAUGCCUGACAGAUUUACACAUGAGCAGUUGGGAGAACUCUUCGCCUUGCAACCUCUGACAGGGGAGAAGAGUGAGUCUGUUCAGUGUGACGUAUGCAGAGAAGGCUCUAGCAUCAGGUUUCUCUUUCUCACAUUAGUAUGUUAAUAAAGUUUAUUACAUACUUUUCAAAGUUUUUCUUGCUUUAUUUUGCUUUGUGUGUUUGUUUAAAAGUGUUUGCUGGUGAAACAAAUAUAAGAAAUGUCAAGUGAUACAUGUGUUUUUAACUGUGUGCUAACUUUGUCUGUAAUUUACUGUGGCCGAAGCAUAUAUCCAGGUGCCUCACACAGGGCCACUACCAUACAACAGUUGGCAUGGGUGUAUAAGACUAAAUCUUAACACUCUGUAGUCCAAUGUUUUGGUACUUUUAUCUCUUAACGCUGGUUUGUGUUCUAUUACUUAUUAAAUGGUCAGUUUGCUUUUAUGCAUCAACCAGGUCUGAUUCUACUUGUUUGAUCAUUGAUAUGUAUUUGCAAGUUUAUGUUAAUAUAUAUACCGGUAUUUGGAAUUUUAAAUCUAAAAUAAUCUUGUGCCUUUGCAAUUUGUUCCAAUAACCCACUGGAGUUUUAGAAGUUUGAGAGGAAAAAGGGAGUCUUGAUGUACGGUCAAUCCCUUAAUGUGCAAUCAUAGUUUGAGUGCCAGGAUAACGCUGUAUCAGUUAUGUUGGCAAACAAAUAUUUCUAUGUUAUGGCUUUUUUAAAACUUUUUUUUUAAUUUAAUUUUAUUUUUUUACUGAAAAUUUACCAAACGUUUAAACCUUCCAGUUCUUCUUAAAACUUGGAUGUAUAUGUCCCAGAAUAUAUAUUUGAAAACUAUAUAAAUCUCAAUGUAUGGUGUUAAAAUAAAUCCUACUCCCAUCAGUUUGUUUAAAAAAAACAUGAAAUGAUUUGAUUUUUCUCUACAUUGUUUAAUGCUUAGCCAUGUGCACUAGAACCCUGAGCUACGUAAUUAAACCUAUACCUUUCAAAUUCCUGUAUUUGCUGCAAAACCUCAGUCUUUUCAGUUUGAUCUUCAUGAAGUGAUUGAUUUGUUUCUACAUUGUUUAAUGCUUAGCCACGUAAUCAGGUGAUCGUUGCAUAAUAUCAAGACUGUAAGAUGUACCAGGAUCUGCUGGUUUAUUUGCUAAAGGAUGAACUGUUGGGAAUUCAAAAGAGCCAAACUGGAAUAUGUCUCAAAGUCAACAUGUUUUGGUUCACUAAACAGCGACUUAUAGCAAAUUGAAAACCAAGUGGCAAAAUUUAAGACCGAAUCACAGAUUUAGAAACAUUCUUCAACUCCCAUAAUUUACAGCUUGGUUGUUUUAGCCUAUAAAAUACAAUUCGGUUUUCAAUUUACUACAAUUAUGUAUGUACAAGGUUAUUCUCUGAAGCACUGGAUAAUAUGUUGGUGCUUUAUAAAUGCAGAAAUAAAUAAAAUAAGUGAGAAUUCAAAGUGAAUAUAAAAUCCAAGUUAAAAAUAGCCCCGCAGAAAAAUCUCUAAAUCCGCUAAUCAUUUUGGCUACUGUGGUCCUAAAUUAUGAAUUCACUUUGAAUUAUUGCAGGGGUUCCCAACCCAGUACUCAAGUAACCCCUACCAGUCUGGGAUUUAGGGAGGGUGUGUGUUUUUGUUUUUGUCUUCUAAAAACACCUUGGCCUGUUAAGGGGUCCUUGAGGACUGGGUUGGGAACCACUGCUUUGAUGAUUAACCUUAUUAAUAGGUAGUCCCAAAUGUGUUACUGUUCGGCUGUUUUGGCCAAAAAAUUGAAAUGCACUUUGGAUUACUGACAAUUAAUGUACUUUAGUGAAUAAUCAUGUGUUUUAUGUGCCACAAGUACUGUUGCUUGGCAUCUCCUCUAUACAUAGUUCAGCAUACAGGCGGUCAGAUUGGAACGCGGUAUUAGAAUUUAGUUGCAUAUUAUUUAGAUGUAACAGUGUAUGUGUAUCCCACACACACAUUUUUCUGACGGUGACACUUGUGUAUGAAGCCAUGCACCGUCAAAUAUAGUUGCUGUUGUGUUGAUUGCAUCUAGUCCAUACCGCCCAACAAACGGUGUACACGGCAUGCAUUGCACGCAGUUGAUGUGCUCUGCGGUCGAUUGCUUUCGUCUCCAUGCCCAAUCUCCCGAGCGCUCUCUCCUGAUUGACUGAAGCUCUGGAAUCCAUUGGAUUGGCCUAGGCCUCGUGCGCGCGCUCUCGCCCCCACGCGCCGCUGUAUUUCCCCCCUAUCAUGGCGGCGCCCAGCGAGCUGACAAAGGAGGCCAAGGAGCCCGGGGCCGGAGAUUCAGGAAAGAGCGGGGAUCCGGGGCCUAGCGAAUCAGGAGAAGCGGCGGCCUUAGGAAGGAGGAGUCAAGAGGAGGAAGACGAGCAGUGCUCGGAGAGUGGAGGCGGGAGAGCGUGGACACGGGAGGAAGUAGGGCCUCUCGGGCGAGAAAACGAGACACCGCGGGCCAGCGCGCUGCAGAUGCCGGGUAACGGGAAGAUGAAAGCGGGUGAGUGGCUGUGUGCCGGGGACACCUGUGGGAAAUGAGGAUGAGGAGACUGGGUGCGCUCCAUGGUGAGUUAUGUGACUAAUGGGGCUCCAUGGAUCCCCUGCUCUCCCUCUCAUUGCGGAGUCUGCCAGGCUCUCGGCGGCGGCUCCCAACAACCAGACCCGGACUCGUGUGUAACAAUUUAUCAUCAGACCCGGAGAAUACUCUGUGCCCCAGUGUGUGUGUGUGUGUAGGGAUAAAACAGGCCUACGUGACUUCUAAACUCUUUAAAAGUGUAGCAUGCGGUUGUUUAGUGCAGGAAUGGCCAACAUUUUGCAGUAUAGUAGAUUGCUCACCCCGUACUCACAGGCGCAUCGGAAAUUAUAGCCCUGUAGGCAACCAAGAGCUGAAGCCCCAAAGGACAACAAUCACUAGAUUAAUAAAAGGCAAUAAGGAUCCUGAAAUGUUAUUGUAGGCUUACAGCUUUUUGAGAACUUUCCCUGAAACUUUAUGCACUUUGCAAACUUCUGGCGUAGGGUGCUUUUUGCUCACUGAUAUACUGCAUAUAUUUUGUAUGCUUAAAUCAUCAUGGGUAAUGAUAUAAACCAACUAGAACCCAAUGCAAAUCUUAAAGAAAAUAUGCACUUUCUUAAUAUCACAUGGUGGUAGAUUAUUAUAGGCACAGUAGCAACUAAAACAAAUCUACUCUAUUAGCAGUGCUUGCUAACCUUAAUAUCUUCUAAUUAUUUUACUCAUACAACCAACUGGCUGUGCAUUGCAAAUUUAGCCCACAUGAGCUGGAGUACAUCACUAAUCAGAACUGUUAUCACAUGCUGUCACAGUCUGCAAAAGUUCUGUUCAAGAAUUCUAUGUGGAAAACAGGAAGAAGAAAAAAUAUAAUACAACAUCCUUUUGAAUUUUUAUUGUUUUUGUUUUGAGUGGUCAUAGGAUGCAUAAUAGUCUUGGUUUAUGGUUGUGUUUUUGUUUUGUUUUUGUUUUUUUAUAAUAAUGCAGAACUGAAAUUGUAUGGUCAUAUGGGUUUGUGUGCUGGAGCUCCAGCAACUUUUCUCAAUUUAGAUCCAAAAAUAGGAUGACCGCAUUUCAACAGUUUUUGCGCAAUAAUGUCCAUGAUUCACAGGUAACAUUUUGUCAGCUAAAACCUCUGACAAUCCUGGGGCUUGUUUACCAAAAACUGGAAUUUCCUGCCGGCUGUGUUUAGUGUAGGGAAAUGCAGUAAAGAUCAGUUGUGCAUUGUCUAAAAUAACAUUUUGGUCAGCACUAUAAGCGAAGUAUGUCAGCAGAGCAUGUUUGAAUAUUUCUAUAAAAACACAGCAUACAUUUAGUUGCUAAGGGUCGUAGUGCUGUGCUCAUAUUACAAAGUCACAAGGUAGUAUCUAAACGGACUGUUCUAAUACUAAGACUUUCUAUGUUUCAAUGAGGUAUCUGAGGUCUAAGUAGUGCAAAUGACUCCACAGCCUCAGGGUCAAAAUGUUUUAGUCCGUUUGUGGAUGACUGAAUACAUUUGCUGGAGAUAACUAUUGAGAAGUGUUGUUUUUUUUUUUUUAACUCUAAUAGUGUAGAUUAAUAACUCAGUCACCAAGAUCUUAGAAAUUAAGGCUAUUACAGUAACCUGCCAUGUGAAAUUUGAGUAAAGGCCAAUUUUAAUAUAAGUAUCUGUAUAUUAUUUUAACCAGACCUGGUAUGCAGAUUGAAGGACCACUAUAGUGCCCUGAGGGUGCCCCAACCCUCAAGGUCCCCCUCCCACCAGGCUGGAUGGAGAGGAAGGGGUUAAAUCUUACCUUUUUUCCAGCGCCGAGAUCCCUCGGUGCGGGGAACUCUCCCGUCAUCGGCUGAAUGCCCAUGCGCGGCAAGAGCCGCGUGCGCAUUCGGCCAGUCUCAUAGGAAAGCAUUAGAGGCCACUAGAGGCUGGAUUAACCCUAAUGUAAACAUAGCAGUUUCUCUGAAACUGCUAUGUUUACAGCAGAAAGGGUUAAUCCUAGGUGGACCUGGCACCCAGACCACUUCAUUAAGCUGAAGUGGUCUGGGUGCCUAUAGUGGUCCUUUAAGGUAUGCUAGACAUUUCAUCAGGACAUCACAAGAUAGAUAUAUAUAUAUAUAUAUAUAUAUAUAUAUAUAUAUAUAUAUAUAUAUAUAUAUAUAUAUAUAUAUAUAUAUAUAUUCUAUCACACACACGAUAAUCUAGUUGGGCAUGCAGACUUGACAUGUGCAUCUACUAGGUAGGCAACCUUCGGCACUGCAGAUGUUGUGGACUACAUCCCCCAUAAUGUUCUGACACCCAUUAUGUCUGACUUGGCCCAAAAAUUUCUAGCACAGGUCAAAUGCAUGGCUUUGCAUACCUGCUGUUUACUUUGCUUCCUCAGUAACUGUUCCUAGAGCACAGUCCUCUGUAAACGUUUUUAGUGGAUGUCAGGAGCGGUGCUUGUUGCUAAGAAUCAGACAUGGAAUCACAAUUUAUAAAAUACAUGCUAAUCUACUGUCCAUAAUCUGUCUGUACUUGACCAACUUCGCAUAUAGAUAAUUAUUGGUAGAUUUCAUCAGACCUGUCUAAUAGGCUUGUUAGUGUGUAAUUUGUAAUGUACAAAAAAAAAAUGUACUGACCGUUGUCCAUAUAACAAUAAAGGUUACAUACUUAUGAAGUCCAGUGCAGCUGCACAUGUAAGGAACCUAUCAAUCUUGAUCUGCAAUAGCACUCUAGUAAAUGUGAGAUGCUGUCAUUUGAGAGCAGGAUGCUCCAAGCACAGCUUCCACCUUCAUUUUACAACUACCAUGUUUUGUGAUUAUUACAGGGAAUAUCAGGUAAACAUACUUUUUUUUUUUUUUUUUUUUUAAAUCUAUACACGGAUUGCCAAUUUGUAUUGUAGUGCAUAGGUUAAGUGAUUACAUAUCUACCAGAAUGUAACCAGUCAUCCACAUUUGUUGCCAGGUUACAUGUAAUGCAUUAUAUAGACAAUCUGAUCAAUUUAAAAGCAAAAACAGAAUCAAAUGUAUAUCUUUUUUAAAUUCCUGUAUUUGCUGCAAAACCUCAGUCUUUGCAGUUUCUGCAGUCAGCUCACACCUAACUAGGAAGUGACUUGACCAGUAAUAUACACUCAUUGCUGUGCAGCACUUAUCAUAUAAGCCGUCCUAAAAAGACACCAGGUUUUUGUGAGGUCAGUUUGUUGCAUUAUACUGUAGAAAGAAAGUGAACCGUUGGAAUUCCCUGAAAACUUAAAGCAACACUAUAAUCACCAGAACUACAGUUUAUUGAACUAGAAUCGUUACCUUCAGGCUUUUUGCUGUAAACACUGUCUUUUCAGAGAAAAUGCAGUGUUUACAUUACAGCCUAGUGAUAUCUUCACUUGCCACUCCUCAGAUGGCUGUUAGAGAUCAUUCCAGGGUCAUGGCUGCCUACAAUGCAUCCAAACAUUCAAUGUCUCCUCCCUCUGAAUGCAGACACUGAACUUUCCUCAUAGAGAUUCAUUGAUUCAAUUCAUCUCUAUGAGGGGCUGCUGAUUGGCCAAGGCUGUGUUUGACUUGUGCUGGCUCUGGCCCUGAUCUGCCUCCUUGUCAGUCUCAGCUAAUCCUAUGGAGAAGCACUGUGAUUGGAUCAGGCCACCACUUCUGAUGAUGUCAGCAGACAGCUGGUUUUUCUGAGGCAAACAGCAUGCAGGGGUACAGCUUCAGGCUUGAAUAAAAGUACGAUUUUAAUAUAUUUAUGGAAGCAUGAGGGGCCCAGGGGGGCUAGACGGUGGUUUUAACAUUAUAGGCUCCUGACCCCAUUGUGUACAAAGAUAUUUCAAAGCAAAAAGAAAAUUGCUGGGUGUUGGGAUGUGGCACGAAACUAAUUUAAAAAUCAAAACCUAAAGAUUAUUAAGCAAAACACUUCCUGCAUAACAAACUAUAAUCUAAUUUACCCGUUGCACAAAAUUAUUUUGAACACUAAUUUGAAACUAGAGUUGUUGGCAGGGUUAUAUAAAUUGCAUUAUUCUUUCAUUUCCUAAAAAAUGGGAAUUAUUCCCCCAAAUAACUAAUCCCUUAUUGUAGUUCACUCUAACUGAAUGCCCUUCUUUGUUUGUGGCCGUCUGGGCAAUCGGAUCUUGUCUGUUUCCUUAGUGUUGGGGUCAGAUGAGGAGGAUGGAACUCCCUUAGACCUGGGACGAUCCCAAAGCUCAAAACAAGAGCCUAGCCGGCUAGAGAAGAUGCCUUCAGACCAGAGCACUAGUAGAACAGAGGAUCCAAAAGGUAAAUGAGUCGAUUGUCUAAUAGUUAUUUUUCUACGUAAGUUAAUGUAAAUAUAAAAAGAUAUUGGUCCAGGAACAUUAAUGUCUAAAUUCUGCAUAAACAUUUGUGUUCUCAUACAAUUCAUUAGAUAUCUUCAUCUAGUUUAGCUAUGAAUACUUGGCAAUCAGUGUUUCCAUUUGUUAGAAGUUAAAACACAAAUCAAAUAGUGGGUUUAAGGUUGAAGCAAGACAUUUUGGGUUAAGUAAUCAUUUUUAUAGCGUGUCUUUUUUUUUCUUUUUUUUUCAAAUCUGCUGUCCGUUGCUAUAAAUUUUAGUUAUCGGAUUUUUGCUAAAAUAUAGAUAUAUUUGUAUCAUUAGGCAUUUUAUUUUGUUCAGGGAGCCUUGAUGAUGUAAGUAGUGUUUUUUUUGUUAGAGUUGUGAAUCUGAGCUUGUCUUUUUAAUAGAAGGUAAUGGCUUUUUAGUGGAGUUCUUGUGUGGUUGCAAUAGAUGGAUCCUCUUUGCUCCCUGAAUGGUGGUCUAAUUUUCGCCCAAUAAUUCAGUUUGUAAUUGGUACCCUCGCCAGGCCCAGGUCAGACAACGUGUGAGGUUUGUGGAGCAUGCUUCGAGACCCGGAAGGGCCUAUCCAGCCAUGCACGCUCCCACCUGCGGCACCUCGGGGUGGCAGAGUCGGAAAGCAGUGGGGCCCCCAUUGACCUGCUGUACGAGCUGGCCAAGCAGGGCAAGCUGCCGCAAGACGAGAGCUUUUUGGGGGCCAAGAAAACUGGAAGCCCCCGCCCAGGCUCCCCCAAGGGCCAAUGGGGGGACGAGGAUGGUCCUUUGAAUCUGAGUGAGUGGUGCAGGGAAGCCUUUCUGGCUGGAGGGUUGGGCAUAAAGGGUCUUUAGAACUGGAGAAUGGGAAGAGGCAGGCAUCUCUAGCAAUAUUCAGCUUAUCUUAGCUUUUUUUUUUUUUCCCAACUCGCUUUAUCCUCUGUAUGUCUGUCCCAUUACUGUCUCCCUCCAUUCCCUCUGAUUUCCAUAUCAUCUCACUCUUUCCUUGGUUUCCCACCUGUUGCUGUGCUUUAUAACCCUAUAUAAGGCAAUAAUUAACUUCCUCCAAUUGCACCAUCUCUUUCUAUAUGCAUUCAUACAUCACAGUCUGACCAUCUCUUCCCUUCCCCUGUAUUUUUUAUUUUUUUUUCCUUUUCAGCCAUGGAUGGGGAACCUGGCAGAGACACAGACUGCCAGUUUUGUGGUGCAUGGUUUGAGACUCGUAAAGGCCUUUCAAGUCAUGCCCGUGCUCACUUACGACAUUUGGGGGUGACUGAUCCUGAUGCCAAAGGCUCCCCUAUUGCUGCUCUCAAUUCUCUAAUUAAAAGUGAAGACUUUAAGAAACGGCUGUCUGAGCAAGCACAAUCUGGAAAUAAUACUCACACCAAUGCUCCUGGUGAAAGGCUAUCAACAGAAACUAGUAAUGGCAACAUUCAUACCAAACUGACAGAAACUGGCUUGUUUACCAAGGUGUCAGAAGGGAAGAGUGCUGAUGGUGCCGCUAAGGGAUCUGCAGAUGGCGCCCAUUCCACACCCGCAGACAGCAUGGCCAAAGAAACUUCUGCACAUUUCAAGAGCCCCAGUGGGGUAGCAAGGAGUACUCAGAUGAAAAUACUUGAAGCUGGAGUGCCUCAUGCCAUGUCUUCUGAGAUGGGUACCCAUGUGAAGACAGAAGCUAGGCGCCCCCAAAACAAGCUAUCUGAGGCUGGAACCCACUCUAAGGCUUCCCUAGCCAGCCUAACCCAUUCUCGACCACAACCUCCUGCCACACCACCUGCAAAAAAACAAAAAAACAUUCCAUCUACUAUGGAGUCUUUCUGGGCAAGCACCAACUCUUCAUCUCCUCUGAACCUGUGUAAGUAUUGUCCAGCAUUGUCAGGGAGUAUUGUUGGUAUGCAUUUUUUUCCCACUUAAUCUACUGCUGUCAUUGGCUAUUACAUUCCACCAAAAGUGAAAUUUUUAUUUUGUUGUUCUCUGCUUGUUUGUUUUUUUACAUUUAGUUGUUGUUUAUAAUUCAUUUGUUUGCUAGAUUGUGUUGUAAAUACAAUGAACAAGUCAAAUGUGCUAGUUCCACUUAUAUCCUGAAGUUUUUUGGGACUAGAACUUUUUAAAUUAGUUGGUUUUUAUGCAAGCCCUCAUAUUUUCUAUAUAAUGUUCUUAUGUGAAAGGAUAUUUUCUAUAACCAUUCUCCAAUUUACUUAUCCUGAAGAAUAGUCAGUGCAACCUAAUAGACAAGUGGUGCUGACCCGUCGCAUGUCCGAUACUACUAGUUAUCCCCACACCCUUUCUAAUGAAAACUGUAUCAUAUUUACUGUGAAACCCUUGCCAUUUUCACUGGCACUCAAGUGGUUAAUAUGAAAGAAUAAGCUUUUCAGGUUAUUAAAAAAAAAAUUCUCUCCACUUCUUGCAUAAUUUUGUAGAUUUUUUUUUUUUUUCUCUUACUGACUAUAUAUUUACUGUUCUAUUUGGAUUAUAAGUAAAUAAUAAAAAUAGAGUAUCAAUAUUUAGUAAAGUUACCUAUACUUAUAAAAUGCAGAAUUUAGCAUCUUGUUCUUAUAACAGGUCUGAUCAUGAGUUCCAAAGCACAGUUUAAAGUCAAAAUCAUAAAAUCAAAAAAUCCUGGGUGGCCAUGCUUAACAAGGUUUUUUUUUUUCCUUUCUUAAUCAGUAAAACCCUAAGCAUCCAGUUUCUUUUGUUUCAGUUUAUCUUAAAACAAAUCGUAAGUUCUUCAGGCUUUCAUCAACAAUACCUAGCCAAAGUAAGAUAGAAUGUUUGUAUUGUACACUGUUCUCUUAAUACAUAUGCAAUAACUGGUGGCUUAUCUAUUUCCUGGGGCUGUUUUCAUCUAAAUUUGGCUGUUUUAAAUCAGCUUUAAAUGUACAGUGGUACCUCGGUUUACAAACGCCUUGGUUAACAUAAUUUUCGGUUUACAAAUGAAAAUGAAUUGAAAAUGAAUGCCUUGGUUUACAAACUUUUUUCGCAAUACAAAGCAAGUUUUCCCAGGACGUAUUGUGCCUGGGAUGUUUAUAGCACCACCCUGUGCAUGCUGGAGUCUGUGGGUAGCAUGUGGCGUCGAGUGUGGAGGUGUUGGAGUGGCUUUUGCAUCAAGUUUUGGAGCCAUUCUGAAAGUAUUUUGCAGUGGUUUUGGGACUUUUUUGAACUUUUUUGGUGCAUUUCUCAAGUGGUGGAAAGGUAGGGAACUGAGCAUGCCUUUUACGGUGUUCUGCAUUGUGGGUUUUUUCCAUGCUAGCUCAUUUUGACUGUUUUCUGACCUCCAGAACAGAUUAACUGGUUUUCAAUGCAUUCCUAUGGGAAACCGCGUUACGGUUUACACAUUUCUCGCAAUACAAAACGUCCCGAAGAACGCAUUAAAUUUGUAAACCAAGGUACCACUGUAGUCAUCUAUGCUAUCUGCAACUUUUUUCCCACCACUGUGGCAAGAUUUUUUUUUUUUUUUUUUUUAACCUUGGUGAUUUGUUAACCUAUGUGUUCCAGGCAAGGUGCACCAUCCUGAUGUCUGGAGAUUGCAUUUGUUUUCGAAGCUAGACUGCUUAAUAACAUUACAAUACAACGAGGAGCCAAGAAUAUGCAACCCUAGAUUUUUCUUUAACUUGAAGUUUUAAAUGUCCUCGGAUUGUGAUUUUACAGACCUUUACUUAAUGCAGGGCAUCCUGAAUAGAGUUCUCAAAGGCUGCAAAUCCAGCAUUGAAUUUACUGUAUAGAUAUAGGGCAGCAUUACCUAGUGGCUUAUCACUGUAGUAGUUGCAGUAUACCAUAUUUCAAGAAAUCGUCAUGUCCUGUCAGGUUUGUUGCCCUUGAGUACCUAGUUUAAUGUCUUCCUUUUAAGUCCUGAAGUAUUGUCUGUGUGUGUGUGUGUAUAUAUUCUUUAAAUAGCUUUGGCCCAAAUCCUCCCCCCACACCCCCAUUCUUGCAGUAUUGCCUUACUCUGCUUCACUUAUCUCACAAUGUUAUUGAUGUGAAAUCCACAUUGUCUUGCAGUUAUCACCAUGGCUGACUGCUUUCCAUAUCUGCUUUGGCUUUUGUAUUUCCUUCAUCCUGGCUGCCCAUGCCAUAAUUCACCCCUUGCUUUAGUUCCAUUUUACCAAUUGCUAUAUAAUCUACUGUGAAACCGUUAAUAUGUAUUUGUAAUUUUAUGGAACUGUGUAUACACAUGUAUGCAGUUCAAGAAUUGGUUUUUAUUGGUUUUGAUUUGAUUGAUUUUUUUUUUUUAUUUAUUUAUUUUUUUUUUUUUUAAAUUUCUAUUUUAUUUUCAAUAGGCUAAUGAUAUGUGCAUAUAUAUAUGUUCAGGAAAGCCCCACAUUCUUGGUUUAAAUGUUUUAAUAUAUUUGUAAUCCACCAUGUUUCCUGAUACAGUAAAUCCAAUAUAGCAUAAGCAGACUUCAGGGCCGUAUUGUUUUAAAUGCUAUUCUUAAGACGGCAUAUGUACUUGGUAUUCUGCAUAUUUUAGUCUCUCCUUUUUACCAAUGAUGAUAUCCCUACUGCUAAAUCAGCUUAGUACUCCCUUUUUCAAGCAUAGAAAUUUUAUUUGUCAUCCCCUCCUCCUCCAGCCCCGGGUUCGGAGGAAGUCCGCUGCGAGUUCUGCGGCGAGUUCUUUGAGAACCGAAAGGGCCUGUCCAGCCACGCACGCUCUCACCUGCGCCAGAUGGGUGUCACAGAGUGGCAUGUCAACGGCUCACCCAUCGACACCCUGCGAGAGAUCCUGGCCAGUGGGACCUGUCCCAGGGCGGGCACCAGAGUCGGAGACCCCAACUCGGAGAAGCACCACUCACUUCCUCCUCCCUCUUCCCCUUCCAGGCCAAUGCCUUACAGUGGGUUGGCUCCAACCAUGCAGCACAAGCCACACCGGCUCCCCUCCUACCAGACCAAUGAUUGGCCCUCCGACCUCUCACCUCUCAACUUGUGUAAGUGGGCCACUGACCUGCAGCUGACAUGUACCCCCCCACUCAUCUUUUGCUUCCAAUCUUGUCUGUCGCAUUCAUCCUUCAUUCCACCCUUCCUAGCUCUUCAAAAUGCCUUUGCAAUUAAUUGGGCAGCUGGAAAAGGUUGGUUAUUAUUGAGGAAAACAGUCGUUUUGGAAGAUCCUAGACCAGAGUUGUUGAGGUCCUGCAUAUGUAGAUGACUGAGAAGUUGCAGUCUAACAGCUGUAGGAUUACUGGUUAAACUCACACUGCACUGUUGAGCAGUGUAUGUAUAGCAAUCCAUUAGCUCUUCAGCUGUUGUAGAACUGCAGCUUCCUUGAUUCCUAGUCCGUAUGAAAGCCUAGCCAAUGCCUGAAAUUGCUUAGGAUGCAAUUGAUGUUGCUUGUUCAUUGCAGGAUGAGAACACUAAUGAAGAGUGAAUUCUAAGAUUGACAAUUUCGAGGAAGUAAUUUUAUUCAUUGCAGACAUCUGAGAUGCAUUUUCCAAAAUGGCUGUUUCUUGUACUGCUCUGUUCCCAAUUUAUGAACUGAUCCUUCUUUAAAAAAAAAAAAAGUGUAUUUUACAUUUUUGCUAUAAAAAGUCCUUGGUGGUAUAGUAUUAAAACAUCCUGCUGUACCUCAUUUCCAGUGAUCAUAAACUACUUCACCCUAAUCAGUUGUUUGCUGAGAUGAUCUAACCUUUAGGGAAUUGCUUUUCACAUGUUAUAGCUAUUUUAGUUUUGUCUGUUUUAAGCUGUUUGCUUUGCAUUAAUAUGAACAAGAUGUUUUCAUUUUUAUUAGGUAAAUCUAACCCAUUUUAUAGCUUUUUUUUUUUUUUUUUUCUUCUCUAAAUUAUUCCCGGUUAUCUUUUUUGGGUUUAUUGAAUAGUCUUGUGAUUUACAUAUGAGAGGCAAUUUGUAAACUAGGAUUUGUAGGAUUCAUGUUUUUUUAUUUUUAAACCCCCUUAUUUCUUACUUUCAAAUAGAUUAUAUCUGAGGAAAUGUGAGGCUUAGAUUUCCUUUCUCAGCUUUGAAAUAACCAGUUUUAUUCAUGUGCAAAUGUUGUUUGUAAUAAUAAUUUUAAAGUAGCAACUGAGACAUCAGAGAUCAGCUAUACAUCAAUAAUAGCAUUAUUAUAAAGAUGGAAUAGCAAGAUGCACUCUUAUCACUAGCCAAACUUGUAAAAUAUGCUGCAUAUGUAUUUUGUGUCAAAAAGAUUUAAACUUAAGGUUUUUCAAUGGCUCUUUAAUUCAUAUUUUUUUUUUUUUUUUCUUGGGUAUGUUUUUUUUCUUUCAAAUGUGUUUUGUUUACUUGUUGUUUUUGGGAAUCCAACAUUUCUUCCUUUUGUCUUUUUUUGCUUUCCUUACCCUUAUUUGUUAACAUAACCCUAUUUAAGUAGUAUAUAUUUUUUCAAAUGUUCCUACUUUCUUUUUUAUGUUUGUUUCUGUACUUCAUAUCCGUCUGUCCUCUCUUUUUAGCCUCGCGAGCAGAUCCUGCAAGGGAUAUUCGCUGUGAGUUCUGCAAUGAAUUCUUUGAGAACCGAAAGGGUCUAUCCAGCCAUGCACGCUCUCACCUGCGCCAGAUGGGUAUUACAGAAUGGCAUGUAAAUGGUUCACCAAUCGACACACUGAGGGAAAUCAUACGCAAGAGGCGUCCUCCACCUCCACACCUUUCAAAUAUUAAAAAAGAGCCAAGAGGUGAAGAACCUAACAGCCCCACUCACACACACUCCCAACAUGGCAUGAGUACUUCAGGGAUGGCUCGAGAGAUGGCUAUAUCACCUCUUGGGCGGCACAAUACUUUUCUGUCUCCACUACCUGCCAAGAGGCCACCUUCUCAUGAACCACGACUUACCCAGUCUGAGCCAAAGAGCUAUGUCCAUCUAGAACAAAAGGCUUGCAAUCAGUCUCAAGCCAAGGCAUAUGUUCAUGGUGAAGCAAGACCCAAAUCUUACAUGCAUGAUGAGAGUAGGCCCAAAGCAUAUGUCCAGAGUGAAGGACGUCCAAAAUCUUACAUUCAGGGUGAUGGAAGACCGAAAGUAUUUAUGCAAGGUGAAGGAAGACCCAAGACCUAUAUGCCGGGUGAAAGGCCCAAGCCUUAUGGACAAAGUGAAAUCAAGCACAAACCAUAUUCUCAAAAUGAUGGCAGACCAAAACCAUACAUGCAUGGUGAAGGCAAGCCAAAGGGCUUUCUGCAUGGUGAAGGCAAACCAAAAGGCUAUCUUCAAGGUGAAGGCAAGCUUAAGGCAUAUGCUCACAUAGAUGGCAAGCCCAAGGCGUACAUUCAAACAGAACUUCCAUUUAAGGUCAAGGUGAAGUCCUCUCCAGACAAGGCACCUACUUCAUGUAAGUUUACUUUUUUAAAUAUCAUACUGCAAAAAUUAGAAAGGGUAGUAGAAGUCCAACAUUGGACAUAUUGAAAUUUCCAUAUCUUAAACACAACUGAGCCAGUACACCUUACAUUGUACAAGCUAUGUUAGAUGGCAAUAAUAGGAUUGAUACAUCUGUGUGUUUCUUACUUUGCCCACUACAGCACAGAGCUCUUGUUUAAAUCAUUCAUGCUCUUCUUACUUUGAUGUCCUGUCCUUACUGCUUUAUACUCUAAAUCAGAUCCUGCACAGUUUAUACAUUUUAGACACUUUGUAAUGGGUCUUGUGCAUCUCAUAAAUCCACUGUUAAACUUUUUGUAAAAAAAAUUGAUGUGCUUGUCUUUCCCCUCCCUGAACGCUAACAUUCCUUCUUCCUUAAACCUCUGCCUUUCUUAAUUGUGUGCACUGUAAAGAAAUUCAUUAUUAAAGUAUUUCUAUGCUUUAACUCCCAUUAAUACCAUUGUUUCUUUGUUUUUAUUUUCUGUUCAUUCUUCUCAAUGCCACACAGUGGAAGCCUGCUGUGAGUUGUGUGGCCUCUACUUUGAGAAUCGGAAGGCUCUUGCAAGCCAUGCUCGUGCUCAUUUGCGUCAGUUUGGAGUUACUGAAUGGUGUGUCAAUGGUUCGCCUAUUGAGACUCUUCGAGAGUGGAUGAAGCAACGUCCUCAAAAGGCCGGAGCAUAUCUGAGUUACAUUCAAGGAGGGAGGCCCUUCACCAAAAAGUUCAAACGGUCCUCUCAGAAUCCUAAAGCUGGGGCUGCCGAGAAAGAAAGUUCAAUAUGUGCUGUGCCUGGUAAGAUGGUUGAGGCAGAACGCAGUCUUGGAACAUCUGGGACAGUGGUGGAAAAGUCAGAAGGACAAGGACACAGUAAGUCUAAAAUCAUACAUGGCUUGGUUUAUAGAUUUUGAUUUUCUUUAUAUUGUAUUCUUAAAAGUGACCAUCCUAUUUAUUGGACGGAGAAGUAACAGGUAAUUUGAAUUUCAUUGAAUACUCUUUCAGAGACAGAACGACGUCCAACAAAGGCUGCAGAGGUCCCUCCGGCACGAGAAGAUUCAAUCACAGAAUCUUUACCCAAAGCAGAGGAACCAAGGCCAGCACCUAGAGCACGGCCAGUUCCCUCCCUUGUUCCUAGGCCCCCUCAGACAUCCUUGGUGAAAUUUGUGGGAAACAUUUACACACUGAAGUGCAGGUGAGGGUUUUGUCUUUUAUUUGUUCUUGUUGAAAUAUUUGUAAUUUGUUUUUCUUGAUUUCACAUACUUUUUAAAUCUCUGUACAAUUGAGAAUGUCUGAUAACUGUCAGAGUGUAAUCUUCAAUCCAUGCUACCCAAAUUGUUGGCAAACUAAUAGAAUAGCCAGAUUAUUGUAGUCAUUGGUGUGUUUGUGUCAGGGCAUGCUUGUGAUUCCAUGUCUUGACUGAUAGCAAAAAUAAUAAUUAGAUAAUCCACAUUUUUCUAUCAUUUAUUUGGUUAGUUUUUAUUGUGCUGUACCAGGCCAAUCGCAGUGUUCCUGCAAAGGUUAUCUUCAAAGAUCAUUCCCCUUGAAGCAGACAAUGUAAAAUUAGAUCCCUUUAGCUUUUUUACAGUGUAGUUAUCAAAAUAUUUGCUUGUUUUUUUUUAAAUUCUUUAUUUUUGUUGUGCAUGUUAAUAUCAAGAUCAACAUAUGUCUUUGGAAAGACAAUGCUGUGGCCUUUCGUAUAACACUGAAAUCAGCACACACACAUUUUUGUAAAGGGAAAGAAAAAGUGAGAUGAAAUGAAAGGUAAACACUAUAGUCUCAAAGUGAAAGAUAUGUUGCACAUCUGGAUUUAAUUGUAGGCCCUGAUUCCAAUGUUGGGAUGUCUAUGUUGCCUGGCCCUGUUAGUGCCUUUUGCCCUGCAUUACGGUAGAGCUUAAAGAUACUUGCAGUGUAAGAGGCUAAGAUAAGCUAUAAAAAAAAAUAAAAAAAAAAAUAAUGAAAUAGAACAAAACAAGCUGGCAACAUUGAAACCUAAGAGAAAAAAACAAAAUAGUAAAUGGUAGUGGUGAGCUGGUAUAGUUGGGAAAUAACGACCUGUCUCUGCAGAGUCUGUGGUGGUUGCUGCAUAGGUUUCCAUCCCCCAGGGGGACGAAUGGUGUUGCGGUAGCUGGAUUCCAGAUGUGAGUGGCUAUCGGUAGCUAAAGAGUCUUGUGGUAGCCCUAAAGGAGGUAGUACUUUUAUGCCCUGUAGAUCUUGGAUAGGGUUCGGGGUGUCACCAUGUUGUACCUGCUGGGUGCGGGUUGUUCUCCAUCGAUACUUGAUAUUGUUUGCUCGUAACAGGGAUGUGAAGGGCUGGCCAUGCCAAGAGAGUGACAUGCUCUCAAAUAUGGUGAACGGUUUACGAUUGCUGUUAUGUCUUUGCCCUCUGAAACCAGAUCAGCAGGUCUCCUGUUGUCAAGGAUGGGGUCCUGACAUGUUUUGGUAAGCGGAGCAUACCUUCUGUUUCUAGUGCUUUCGCUUGCUUGGGUGGUAGAAGGCCCAGAAGUAGUUGUCGCACAAGGUGUGGUAGCUCUGCAUCCGGGUUUGCAUUUUGGCGGCUAUCUUGAUCCAGUGUGCCCAUGCGGCCUGUCAGCACUCUCCAGUCUUGCCAGAUUUCGGCCACGUGUUGAAGGAUCGCCGUUGUGACUGGGGCAGAGUCUGGUGGCAAGGGUGACGGCUUGGGAGCCGCUAGCGUAGGUAUGUUCCCCGUCAGAGAAAUCGUCUGAAAUAUCAGAGCCAUUAUCUGCAAAGGCGGCUAUCCUGGGAUCCAUGGUGCUUUGAGCCUGUUGCUAGAGGUCUGCUAUACUCAUGCUCAUUCCUGACUUAUCUGGCUUAGCUUUUUGUGGUCUUUCGACCCAUUGUGUAGUUUCCUGCCCAGGGACCCGUUUGGGGUACCAGUGGGAAGGGUUUUACGCCUCGCAAUCAGUUAAAUUGGCUUGUUGAUGCAGAGCAGUUCCAACAUGUGGCCAUUCAAGUUAAGCUACUUGGCUCUGCCAUCCCCCCCAAAAAAAAAAAAACUGGCAUUUUAAAGGGUUUACCAGUACUUUAUAAUAAAAAAAAGUAUACAUUAGUCAUCAGAACUACAACUUAUUGUAUUAGCUCUGUGGGUAUAAUCAUUCCUUUCAGGGUUUUUGUAGUAAACAUGGUCUUUUCAGAUAAAAGGCAGUGUUUACAUUACAGCCUAGGGAUACCUCAACUGGCCACUCCUCAGGUGGCUACUAAAGGUGCUUCCUGGGGCAAUGCUGUACAAUGGGCAGCACUGCCAUUCAAUGUCUCCAUCCUCUGCAUGGAGUCAUUGAACUUUCCUCAUAGAGAUCCAUUGAUUCAAUGCAUCUCUGAAGACUGUGUUUGGCUUGUGCUGAUUCUGCCUUGAUCUGCCUCAUUGACAGUCUCAGCCAAUCCAAUGUUUUCCUAUGGGAUCAACACUUCUGAUGUCAGCCAAGCAGGCAAAUUGGGGCAGAGCCAAAAAGCAGCAGACUGGAGUAAACGUAAGAGUCUACUGUAUUUAAAAGGGCCAGGGCAGCUAGAUGGUGUUUUUAACACUGCAGGGUGAGGAAUAAAUGUUUUCCUGAUCCUAAAGUGUUCCUUUAAUCAUGCAUUUCUAUCCUCCUUACCAUUGAUUUUCUGUUUUUUAACUAGUACAGUGUCUGAUUAAUUUUUCUGUGCUUAAUGAAUUUUAUCAAACUUUCUGUGCAGGUGUGAAAAAGCAUUUCACUAGACUUGGAUAUAUUAUGUCUUCUCAUCUUUGUACUCCUGCCUAUGCAAUUGUGCAGCUUUGACUAAUGCUUUUUGUUUCUCCCUCUUUCUCUCUCCCUAUGCAGGUUCUGUGACAUACAAUUCCAGGGCCCUCUUUCCAUCCAGGAGCAGUGGGUUCGUCAUUUGCAACAUCACAUCUUAGAAAUGAACUUCUCAAAAUCUCCCAGUCCUCAAGCUCUAGCUUCUCCAGCUCAACCAGAGCCUACAAAAGCUCAAUAGGUGCCAACAUUCAGGGACCAAGUGAACCACACAGAUUUGUAUAUAGAUUGUAAUCGCCUGAGCAUGGUGGCAAAGGCAUAAAAAUUAAGCUUUCAGUGUUUCUGGUGCAUUUCAUAAAGAUCAGGUGGAGAAUGUGUAGUUUUUGUGAUAAAGUGAAGAAUCUGUACAAUAUAUUUAUGGCAUGAAUUUGGUCAGGCUUUCUAGAACCUAGCAAGAGACCAUGUGGGUUGAAUGAGAUCCUGUGGAGCGUUCAUUCCAUUCUAAAUUCCAACAUCUGUAGCUCCUGGAAAAGAAAUUAAAUAAUGGUAUGGUUUAUGGGGAUACUUACAGGAUUGUGAAGACUAUCUUAAGUACAUGUGCAGAGAGAAAAGUGAAACAUUUGUUAGACAUUUGCACCCAAGCUGAUUCUCUCUCCUUUUCUGCAUACAAGUUCUCUUGUUACAUCCCCGUUUCUCUGCGCGCAAACAUCCCUAUUAAAGCGCUCAAACCAUUUUGCUUGUGACCUAUACUUUGGCAUAUGAGCUGUCUUUUGUUUUCGUCUUUUGCUUACAAUUUUGUUUUACCCAAUCAUGCAGUUGCUACCGCUUUACAUGUGUAUAGCAAAAUAAAUAUAUGCAGGGAGUCAACUGUUUCCUAAAAUACAAAUGAGCACAGCAUAGUGUAAUACUGUAAACAAAUAUUAAAUAGUACUAGAUAGAAUUACUUAUGAGAUGUUGGCGUGUUAAUAAAAGAAAAAAAAAACAUUAUAUGGGGGGGCUAGUUCCCUUGCCCGUUUUUCCAUAGGCAAGGGAAUCCAGCAAUGUGUAAAUGUGUGUGUGUGUGUGUGUGUGUGUGUGUGUGUGGGGUGUUAUUUAAUAAAAGAAUAUGCAUAAAAGGUCUGGACAAAACUUGGAUUCCUUUGCACUUUACUUGUUUUAUGUUUGUUUGUUUUUUUGCUAUUCUGUCUCUGAGAUAGUCCCCAAGAAGAAGAACCACGUUGGACAUGUUUUGUAUAUUGUUUUAUGAUAAAGGUUUUUUGUUUUUUUUUUUUUUUUACACACUUACCAUCUUGCUGGAUUUCCUUGCCUGUGAAGAAAGCAGGUUGGAGACACUGGGCACUAGCUCUCAUGUAAUCAGGGGAGGCACCUGUUGUGCGCAUUAAUAUCUCGUGAGUGCAAUUCUAUCUAGCGCUAUUUAAUGUUUACAGUAUUGCACUAUGUUGUGUUUAUUUGUAUUCUAGGAAACUGCUAAUUUCCUGUAUAUAUUUUUUGACAUUCACUUGAAUGUAAAGGUAUACAUACCUACUGGUGGGUUCCUUUUGGGAAGCUCAUACAGAUACCACUCAUCAGUUAAGUAGUUUUUUUUUGUUGGUGGUAAGUUUACUUAUAUAUACUUUGUGGUGUACCGUUAUACUUGUGCAAACUUCUUUGCUACCUAUUUUUUUUUUAUUGUGUAAACAAACACUAUUUCAGCUCUUGAUACCUCCCUCGCCUUCAAACUCUUGCUCAUACCUUAUGGUUAUGUGUGCAAGCUCUCCUGCAACUGCAGCUUUCUUCCAUUUGAACUUUGCUUGGUUUUAGUUUUAAGAGUUCAAAAGUCUGAAUGCUCACCUUUUUGGCUCAAAUAUCAAACUUGCUGCUGUGUGUGGUCUAUCUAUUCUGUCCAAGUAAAGUCUCUGUAGAGCACACACUCUUCAAUACUUUUUUUUUUUUUUUUAAUUAGUAUGUCCAGAAUUGGCUUUUUAAUCCUCCUUCAAAAUCCAGUUACUAUCCACUUGCUUAGUAACAUUUAGUGAGCUAAUUUGUGAAAUAAUUAUGUUAAAGAUGCAUGAAAUUGGUAAGUGUCUUGGGUGAAUGAUUCAGUGUUUUUUUUUUUUUUUUUAACCAGUUAAUAUGUUAAAGGAUGACACAGUGUUGAUUUUUCUUUCAAAUAGUUACUGGGAAUGUGGUUUGGAGAGUAAGUUACUAAAACAAAGUUGAUGACUGUAUUCUGUUGACAGGAGUGAACUGUAGACUUAAUAUAUAACAAUAGGUGUAAUUUUCAGAUUUUGGUUAUGACCAAAACAGAUUUAUGUGAACACUAAAGUUGGUGAGGUGUUUGAGUAGUCUCUGGGAUUAUGUGAUUAGGUGCGGCACUGCCAUCUCUAACUGUAUGGUAGUACUAGCAUUGGGUGGACUGUAAUUUGGUUGGACAUUACUCUGUCUCUUGUAUCUAUAGCUCUCCAGCUCCUUUGAGAUUAAAACUAUACAAUGUUCAGACAGCACUAACUGGUAAGUGCCUGUUUAGGUAACAUCACUAUAAACUAUUCCUGUGUUGAAACCCACCUCAGCUGCCCACCUACCUCAUACAAGAUCCCAGGCAUCUUUUUAAAUUGCUCAGUCCACUGAAUUGGCCCAUUAUCUGCCCUAUGUACCUAAGUUCGGCAUAACGUGAGGGCUAUGGAUGGGGGUAUCCUUUAUGUAUAUAAUAUAUACGUCGUAAUAUUGUGGUUGUAUAUCUUGUCACGCUCCCCUCUUUGGGGCAACAUAUCUUUUUAGGGUAUUAGCUACUCUGAUAUUUUUAUGUGGUCUGUUUCCAGAUCCCAUGAGACUGUUUUCCCUCAUCGCAAUACAAGUUAAUCCUAGCUUUCUGUUAUUUGGGGGGGAGGGGGGGAAAUUUAAUGGAUUAUCGGUCCCCUACUGUAUCUUAUGGGUAACUCCCAACUUCACUUUCAAGUAUUGUUCAAGGCCCCAUUUUAUAGUUGGGGUACGAGAUUAUAAGCUCUCUUCUUUCACAUAGACCUCUAAUAUUUGUUAUGGUAACUGUUGUGCUGGUGUGGGGGGAUGCACAUCGAAGUUUAUACCGUUCUUUUCCUUCCAGGUUUAGGAAAAAUUAACCCUAAAAGAUGCUUUUGCAAUCUUCUCUUAAAAUUGUUGAGAGAGGUGAAGUUCCACGUCUCCCUGACUCAUGAAUUUUAUUAAACUGUUUCACAUUAUUUGGCAUAUGUAUUCUAGCACCUUCUUUGUUUACAAGUUGUCUUCCACUUCAUUCUACGCCUCCAGCCACAUGAUUGGCUUUUUUUCCUUUUCUUUUAAUUUCAUUUAUACUUCUAUUUGUCAUAAAAUUCUUCAUUGUUAUUCCCCCCCUUUAUAGAGUUUACUGGACUGCACCUUUUAAAAUACUGUUGUGAGGAUACAGGACUUGCAAAGUCUGUGUAUAGAUUUUACAUUUCUUCCUGAUCUUUGAAAGAAUUAAUAAAAUAAUGCCUUCAUUAAUGAGCCCAUUAUUGUCCCUAGGCAAGCGGCAACAGCUGAAGCAUUGCUCAUAAAUGUGCGAUUUUGUUUGUUGGCACUACCAUAUUUAAUAUGGUAUAUAUAACUUUGCACAUUCAUAUUUAAUAAAUGAGUUAUCUUCCACCUCACGUAAAAUACUGAAUCAAGAUAUUGGGCUAGGCACACCUACAUUCAUCUUUUCCUAGGAGUAAAAAUCUACUUUUUAGGUCUUUAUAGAAAUUAACUCCCACAAUUCUCAAUCUUUAAUCUACAAUUGCUCCAGGCUAUGAACUCUGUAUUGUUAAUAUUCCUUUCAUAGUGUUACCAUGCGUUACUGAUUUAUAUUUUAAAUUCUGUUGGGUUUAAUACUUUGUGUAGAAUUCAAGUAAAACAAUUGGUUCCUACUCCAUCAGUGUCAUGUGCUUCAUUUGAAAAAAG